GCGACAAAAAUUGCGAUUCCAACUUCGCUUGUGUUAAUAAUAAAUGCCAGGACCCUUGCAAGCUCAAGGGAACAUGCGGACCAAAUGCUUUGUGUUCGUGUUUGAACCACAAAACAGUAUGUGAAUGCCCCACCGGCUUCGAAGGCAAUCCAACGCCGCAAGAAGGCUGCAUUCGAGUACCAGAUACAUGUGAGACCACAAAACAAUGUUUAUCAGGAUACAAAUGCAGCAACAACAUUUGCACACUGCCUUGCAAAAACAACAAUGCCUGCGCGGAAGGCGAAAGAUGUUCCGAUAACGUAUGCGUCAAAGUAUGCUACGGUGACAGUAACUGUUUUGCCGGUGAAGUCUGUCAACAGGGCGUUUGCAAGCCCGGUUGCCAAGUUGAUACAGAUUGUAGAGUAUCGCAGAUAUGCGACAAAGGACAAUGCAAAUGCUCGAAGGGAUAUAUUGGAACGCCAAAUGGUUGUGUUGAUAUAAACGAGUGUGAAGCCAACCCGUGUCAUCAUACGGCGAUAUGUGUAAACCAACCAGGUGCUUAUUCUUGUAGCUGUCCAGAUGGUAAAGUUGGUGAUCCGUUUAAAGAAGGUUGUAACACGCCUGGGCAAUGUAGAAGCAACAAAAACUGCGCUGAUAAUUUGAUUUGUAAGAUUGGAAAAUGUCAAAACCCUUGCGAAGAGACUAAAUGUGGAAGCCAGGCUUUAUGUAACGUCACGAAUCACAAGUUAACAUGCUCUUGUCCGCCAGGAAAUUUAGGAGAUCCUUACGAUAAACGCUUGGGUUGCUUCAAAGUGGAAUGUUUGGAGGAUAAUGAAUGUCCUGCGAAUAGAUUCUGCGAUUCCAGAUCAAAUAAAUGCUUAAAUCCUUGUGAUGUUAUAAACUGCGGAAAAGGAACUUGCAUAGCCACAAACCACCAACCGCAUUGCGAAUGCUUUACAGGAUAUUUCCUUAAAAACAACAAAUGCAUAGAUAUAGAUGAAUGCACGAUUAAUAAACCUUGUCAUGCAUCAGCAAAAUGUAUUAAUACAGACGGAGAUUUUACUUGCACAUGUCCAGAAGGUUAUGUAGGAGACCCAGUCGGAACAGGUUGUAGAAAACCAGGCGACUGUUUCGCCGAUGCCGACUGUCCACAAUCAGCCUUCUGUGAAGAGAACCGCUGUAAAAACCCUUGCGAAAAUAGAAAUGCUUGCGGUAGAAACGCAGAAUGUAUACCAAUUGCGCACGAAGCUACAUGCAAAUGCCCCACCCGUACUAGAGAAGACGCUAAUCACAACUGUAUGCCUAUAGAAUGUGUUGACAAUAACGAUUGUUCGCAACAAAAAACUUGUAUUGAUUCUACCUGCGUUAAUCCAUGCGAUUUAACCAAUGUUUGCGGAAGUAAAGCCAGCUGCGUUGCUGUAAAUCACUUGGGAGUUUGCACUUGCCAACCUGGUACGACUGGAGAUCCACUUUUAGGAUGCGUACCUGUGCAAUAUUGUGCGGGAGAUAACCAGUGUCCAUCUGGAUCUAAAUGUUACAACGGACUUUGUACCUCAACCUGUACCACAUCAAGAGAAUGUAUAGCUGACCAACUCUGUAUACAGGAAAUUUGUCAACCAACAUGCAAAUCAAAUUCAUCCUGUCCUGACUUUCAAUUCUGCCAAAACAACAUCUGCACACAAGAAGUAAGAUGCAGGGAAAACACCGACUGUGACUACACUGAAAAAUGUCUAUCUAAUACAGUUGGGCAAGCUGAAUGUGUGGACGCUUGUGAGGGAAUCCUUUGCGGUAGAAAUUCCGAGUGCUCCAGCAAAAACCACAAAGCCUUGUGUACUUGCAAGGCAGGUUUUAAAGGAAAUCCCAAUGACGAUAAAGUGGGCUGCCAAAAGGUUGAAUGCGAAACCAACGAUCAGUGUUCCAAUGACAAACUGUGCGACCAAUAUAUGUGCAAGAUAGCUUGUUUGGUCAACAAUCCAUGCGGUCGCAAUGCGCUGUGUUCAGCCGAAAAACACAAGCAAGUUUGCUACUGCCAGCCGGGUUAUACAGGCAAUCCACACACAGGGUGUCAGUUGAUAGAUUUCUGUGCUGACGUUCCUUGUGGCCCUGGAGCUUCAUGUCACAAUUCCAGAGGGUCCUUCAGAUGUCAGUGUCCUCAUGGAACAGUCGGUGAUCCUUAUAAUGACGGCUGUAGAGCUCCAGUUGAGUGUGUGAAGGAUAGCGAUUGUCCUGUGGUGGCGAAAUGCGAUAAAACGAACGGAGUGCAUAAAUGUAAAGAUGUAUGUGAAAACACCAUUUGCGGGUUAAAUUCUGAAUGCAUCGCUAUAGAUCAUGUAGGACAUUGUAGCUGCAGAACAGGCUUCGAAGGAAAUCCAAAGGACAUCUCGAAAGGAUGUAGACCUAAACUUGUAAAUUGCCACACAACAUCGGACUGUCCGGCUAAUACAUAUUGUUAUGGAGACAUUUGUAAUGAACCUUGUCAAGCUGAUAAGGAGUGUGACCAAUCAGAAAAAUGCCUACAAGGACAGUGUUUGAACCCGUGCUCCAUAAGAAAUGCUUGCGGUAUGAACGCUGAAUGCACCACAGAAAAUCAUCUUAAGGAAUGUACAUGCCCGAAUGGUUUCACUGGGGAUCACAACGUUGAAUGUAUAAGAUUGCCAGUUUCUUGUUCAACAAACAAAGAUUGCACCCCAGGCUUCAUGUGUAAAGACAACAUAUGCCACCCUUCGUGUAACGCCGAUACAGAAUGCGCCUUUAACGAAAAAUGCCUGAAAGGAAAAUGUCAGCUUACCUGUCGCGUAGAUAAUGAUUGUUUCUUGAACCACAUCUGCUUGAAGAACAUUUGCACCUUCGGCUGCCACAACGAUGACGACUGUAGCAGUACAGAGUCAUGCAGAAACAAUAAAUGCAUUAAUCCUUGCUCUGAAGAUACUUGCGGACCUAACGCGCUUUGUACCGUAUCCAAUCAUAGAGCGACAUGUUCUUGCGGUGCAGGUUUCGUACCAAAUCCAUCCGCUAAAGUCGCUUGCGUUAGAGCUCCACCGCAACCUUGCGCACAAAAUCGCGAAUGUCCUAGAGGCAACGUUUGUAAAGACAGAGGAUGCAGAUUGCUUUGCUCCACUGAUAAUGGAUGUUUGAACAACGAAAAAUGCGAUAUAUUCGCAGGAUUCUGCAAGCCACUAUGCAGACGCGAUGAUGACUGUACGAACGGUGAAAUUUGCGAAAGCCUGAUAUGCGUUGCAGGAUGCAGAAGUAACAGCGGUUGCUUGGAUUCACAGAACUGCAUCAACAAUAAAUGCGUUGAAAUUUGUGCAUCACCUACUGCUUGUGGAACAAACGCUGAAUGUACUGCUGUUGGGUAUAAAAAGUUGUGUUCAUGCCCGACUCCUUUAGUGGGUAAUCCGUUGGAAUCUUGUAGAUACCCAGUCAAACAGUGUUACGAAGAUACUGAAUGUGUUGCUGGACAAGUUUGUUAUGCAGGAGUUUGUCAAGGAAUGUGCAGAACCGAUCGCAACUGUUUAUCAGAUGAAAAAUGCGUCAAAGGUGUUUGUAGAACUAUCUGUAAUUCUGAUGCAUCAUGCGGGAGAAACCAAAUUUGUGAAAAUAGAAUAUGUGAGAUUGGUUGUAGAAGUGACUCAGUGUGUCCUCAAAACCAAGCCUGCAUUAAUAACCAAUGUCAAAAUCCUUGCGAGUCUUCAACUAGCUGCGGCGUGUGUGCUGAAUGUCAAGUCAAAAACCACGUAGCUCAAUGCAGCUGCCCGGCAAACUUUUUAGGCAAUCCAUUAAUAUCUUGCACGCAGGCCAGUAUGCGCUGUGAUGGUUCCUGUGAAUGCGACGAAAUAGGUUACUGUACAAAAUCUUGUAAAUCUGACGGCGAUUGUAAGUGCGGUGAAGCAUGUGCAGCUGGUAAAUGCAGAAAUAAGUGUUCUUCGCAAUCUUCAUGCUCACAAGGUCAAAUUUGCACGCAUGGCGCUUGUUUACCUGGAUGUAGAUCGAACACCGACUGCCCUAAUACUGAUGUUUGUAAGAAUAAGAAAUGUCAAAAUGCUUGUAAAGAUUCUAAUGCUUGUGGUAUCAAUGCUGUAUGCAGAACUAAUGAUCACAGAAAGGUUUGUUUAUGUCCGGAUGGUUAUCAAGGAGAUCCAGCUGUAAGUUGUUCAGCAUACGAAUGCAAAAUUGAUGAAGAAUGUGAAGCCAAUAAAAAAUGCAGUACAGACGGCCAAUGCAGAAACCCGUGCCUUGAACAUGGCGCAUGUGGUGUCAACGCUCAAUGCCGCGUUAUUGAUAGAAAACCACAUUGUUCUUGUCCACCUGGUUACGCCGGUAACGCUCUCUCUGAAUGUAAACAAGAAGUUAUCGAAGAAUGUCAAAAAAGUCCUUGCGGAAGCAAUGCAUUAUGUCGCGACUUACCUGGAGGUUACGAAUGCAGCUGUAACCCAGGUUGCAAAGGUGACGCAUACAAAGGUUGUGUUUGUGAUAAAACACCCAAUUUGUGCAAACAUAAGUUAUGUGGGGCUGGCGCCUCUUGUAGAGUUGUAAACGGAAUUGAAGCGCAAUGUUAUUGUCCACUAGAAAAUCCAGUUGGUGACCCUACUAUUGAAUGUUUAUCGGAGAGAAGUAAUACUGAUUGUAGAACAGACGGAUGUGGUAAGAAUGCCGAAUGUAUAAGAGAACAAGCGUUUUUCGUGUGCCGUUGUCUGCCGGGUUAUUCCGGACGUCCGAACGAAGACUGCAAGCGGGAAGCCGAAUGUAACAGUGACUUAGAAUGUAGCAACGAGAAGGCUUGUAUCAACUUCCAGUGUAUUGACCCUUGCACGUUGAGGGGCGCGUGCGGCCUAAACGCCCUAUGCCAAACUAUCAUGCACAGGCCGAGGUGCUCGUGUCCGGAGUGUCACGUUGGCAGCGCAGCCACAGCAUGCAACCCAGAUCCGAAAUGCUUAACCACGCAUCCUAGACCCGCCGUGUCAACGCUAUGCAAAAUGGACACUGAUUGCUCUGCCUCGUUGGCUUGCAAUGCUGCGUCCGGGGAAUGUUACGAUCCAUGCAAAAACCCCACGUUUAAAUGUAGAGGCAAUAAGAAAUGCGAGGUGCAUCACCACAGAGCCUCGUGCGUUUGUAAGAAUGGGUUUAUAGUAAAUGAAAGAGGUGAGAUAGCAUGUGCACCCGAAAACGUGGAAUGUAAAUCAAACGACGAAUGUCCUUCGAAUAAAGCUUGCAUCGACGCUAGAUGCCAAAAUCCAUGCACAAGUUCUAAAAAGUCCCCAUGUCCACCAGAAAAGGGUUGCGACGUGUUAAACCACAAGCCGGUGUGUAUUUGUCUUAAAAACUGCAGCCCCUCUCUGUCGAUAUGUCUGAGAGACAAUGGUUGUCCAGCGAAUCAAGCGUGCAGAGCAUUCCGUUGCGAAGAUCCUUGUUUGACGGCAGGGUGUCCCGAAAAUACUCCUUGCACUGUAGAAGAACAUAAACCCAUUUGCAAGUUUUGCCCACCAGGAUUUAUACCAGACGCAAAAUACGGAUGCAUCAAAGAUAUAAUUUGCCGCUCACAUUCGGAAUGUACUACAGACCAAGCCUGUAUUGGCGGAAAAUGUCAAAAUCCAUGCGCUGUAUCGAACCCUUGUACAGUGUCACAAGACUGUCAAGUUCAAGAUCACAACCCAGUUUGUGUUAAAGUAUGUCAAUGCCAGCAAGACUCAGACUGUGGAAACGCAAAUUUGGCUUGCGAUGGAUGCCAAUGUGUAAUACAAGCCAGGGUACCAGGUUGUCAGCACUGCCCACCAGGAGUACCAUGUGACCCUCUAACAGGGGCCUGCCAAAAGGUGAUGUGCACAACAAACGACGACUGUCCCAUUACGGAAGCUUGUAUAGAUAGAGCAUGUCAAAGACCUUGUGACGUUAGAAAUCCUUGUACACAACAUGCCGUGUGUAUAAAUACAAACCAUGGUAGCGAUUGUAGCUGUGAAGAAGGAUUCCAAGGAAAUGCCUACACUGGUUGUGUACCAGUAAUUGACUACAAACCAAUCUGCCAAUACAACGAAGAUUGUCCUCCAAAUAAACUUUGUGAUAGACUUAACAGAAUCUGUAUCAACCCAUGCUUUGAAGAUUCAUGUGGUGAUAACGCGGAAUGUAUACCAAAAAAUCAUGGAAUAGAUUGUAGAUGCUUGCCAGGAUACGAAGGCAAUCCUUACACAUCCUGCGAAGGUGUUUUGGGUUGCAGAGAUGACAACGAAUGUCCAUCCAGCGAAGCUUGCGUCAACGGACAAUGCGCUUCACCAUGCCAAUGCGGUUAUAACGCUAUAUGCGAGGUUAUUUACCAUAGACCUACUUGUAAGUGUCCUCCGGGAUAUCAAGGACAACCGGAAAUUGGAUGUGAACCGCCCAGUAAUCCCUGCGAUCCAAAUCCAUGUGGAACAAAUGCCUUGUGUGAGUUGGAUAAUGGACAUCCCAUUUGUUACUGCCCUAAAGGCUUGACGGGAAAUCCUUUCAAGAAUUGCAUUCCUGAGGGAGAUGAAUGUGCUCCAAACCCUUGCGGGCCGAAUUCCGGUUGCAGAGUGGUAGGAGGCAGAGCUAUAUGCUUCUGUCUUCCAGAAUUUGAAGGAAAACCACCGCAAGUACCAUGCGACUUACCUGUAAACCCAUGCAAUCCAUCGCCAUGCGGUCCAAAUACUCAAUGUGCCAUAUUAAGCAACGGUUAUGCUAAAUGUACUUGCUUAUCAGGCUUUAUCGAAAGCCCUAACACCAUCAGAGGCUGUGUCGAAGCUAAAAAACCAUGCGAUCCAAAUCCGUGUGGUCACGGGGCUAUAUGCGAUCCUUUACGUCAACCUGUUUGCUAUUGUCCAACUGGAACCAUCGGUAAUCCAUUUAGAAGCUGCGCUGAGCCGGCGGUUACUCCGCUAUGUAGUCCAGGGCCUUGCGGAAUAAACGCGGACUGUUACGUAUCCGCAAACCAAGAGCAAUGUUAUUGCAGACCCGGAUUUAUCGGUAAUCCUUACUCAGGAUGUAGAGUGGAACCAGCCAGUCCAUGCGUGCCCAGCCCUUGCGGGCCUGGUGCUCAAUGCGUAGUUACACCGGACGGAAACUCCAUGUGUAGAUGUCCUGAUGGUAUGGGAGGCGAUCCGACUGGACCAGCCGGUUGUCAUGGAUAUGAAUGUGUGACUGACGAUAACUGCGCUGAUCACGAUGCUUGUAUAGGUUAUAGAUGUAGAGAUCCGUGCCCAGGUUCGUGCGGAGUAAACGCUGAAUGUAGAGUGGAAAAACAUCAUCCAGUUUGUACGUGCCCUGCAAGUUUAACCGGUAAUCCGGUCAUAAGAUGUCAUCAAGUACCGACAUACCUACCACCUCAUGACCCUUGCAUGCCUAAUCCAUGCGGACUAAACACGAUUUGUCAAGUAAUGCACGAUAGGGCUGUAUGCUCUUGCUUACCAGAGUUCGAGGGCGAUCCGCAAAUAGGAUGUCAUCCUGAAUGCGUAUUAAACUCGGAUUGUCCAAUAAAUAAAGCUUGUAUCGAUAGACAUUGCAGAGAUCCUUGUACAAUCGAAAACUUGUGCGGUUUGCACGCAAUCUGUCAAGUACGAGACCAUACUGCCACAUGCGUUUGUCCAGAUGGAUUCAUGGGAGAUCCGUUCUUCCAAUGUUUACGCACACCGAUCAAUAUUCCAUCAUAUCCAAACACCACACAACCAUGCGCUCCUUCGCCAUGCGGAAACAUGGAGUGUAAUGUAUACGGUCCCGGUGUAGCCAUUUGCGAUCCUUGCUUAGGACCGGAUGCUCCAUACAAUCCACAAUGCAGACCAGAAUGUUUAACUAACGCUGAUUGUCCAUUUAAUAAGGCUUGUCUUGGUUCUAAGUGCGCCGAUCCUUGCCCAGGUUCUUGCGGUGUCGCAGCUGAAUGUAUGGUAGUUUCACACACGCCAGUAUGUAGUUGUCCACAAGGUUUAGUUGGAAAUCCGUUUGAACAUUGUGCUAUCCCAGACAAACCUGAAGAAAAGACUGAUACAUGCGAGAACGUCCAAUGUGGAGCAAAUGCAGACUGUCGCCAACAAAACCACGCUUUGGCUUGCGUAUGCAGAAAGGGUUUCUUCGGAAAUCCAUGGAUAGCUUGCAGACCUGAAUGCGUUAUAAAUCCAGACUGUCCAUUAAACCAGGCUUGUAUUAACAACAAAUGUGUAGAUCCAUGCUCAGGCGUAUGCGGUGUAGGAGCUCAAUGCGAUGUAAUAAACCACAUACCAGUUUGCAACUGCCCGCCACAACACACAGGAGAUCCAUUUGUUUCGUGUUACAAACUUGUUAUACAACCACUUCCAAGCAUUCCUAAUGUUAAUCCAUGCGAUCCAUCACCAUGCGGACCGUUUAGCAGAUGUUUAGUCUCUCACAGCGGAUACGCCACUUGUUCGUGCUUACCAAACUACCACGGAGCACCGCCAGCUUGCAAACCAGAAUGUGUGGUAAGCUCUGAAUGUCCACAGACGCAAGCCUGCGUGAAUCAAAAGUGUAUUGACCCAUGCCCUGGCACAUGCGGAAUAGACGCCAUAUGCACAACCAUUAAUCACAACCCAAUAUGCAGUUGUUUACCAGGACAUCAAGGUGAUCCAUUUGUAAAAUGUUUCGUUCCGGAACAAUCAAGGAUACCUGACGUACCUAUCGUACCUGUAAAUCCAUGCUCGCCUUCGCCUUGCGGACCAAACUCGAUAUGCCAAGUUAGAGAGAAUAGACCUGUAUGUUCUUGUGUGGCUAACUACAUUGGUACACCACCAUACUGCAGACCUGAAUGUGUUAUUAACCAAGAGUGUCCAAAGAAUAGGGCUUGUAUCAAGGAAAAAUGCGUUGAUCCUUGUAUUGGAACUUGCGGAUCCAACGCUAAAUGUGAUGUUGUAAAUCAUACACCAUACUGCAGCUGCUUAAAUGGAUUUGAAGGUGAUGCCUUUAUCGGAUGCUCUAAGAUUGUUGUUGUUGAAACACCAAAAGACCCAUGCAAUCCAUCACCAUGCGGACCUAAUGCCCAGUGUACCAUUAACAGCGGUGCUGCCAGGUGUACUUGUAUACCACCAUACAUCGGCAAUCCCUAUGCUGGAGGCUGCAGACCUGAAUGUUCUAUGAACUCAGAUUGUCCAAGCCAUUUGGCGUGUUUGUCCCAACAUUGCAGGGACCCUUGCCAGGGUCUUUGCGGAAUACAUGCCGAAUGCACCGUUGUGAAUCAUGUACCAGUUUGUACUUGUGCUAGAGGACUUAUUGGAGAUCCAUUUACGGCAUGCAGAGAAGCACCACCAAUGAUACCUGUCAACCCUUGCGAACCAUCUCCUUGUGGACCAAACAGCGUUUGUCGUGUGCGUAAUGAUCAAGCUGUAUGCUCUUGCCAAGUGGGAUACUUUGGUCAGCCACCAUCAUGCAGACCUGAGUGUGUUGUAAGCUCGGAAUGUAGCUUAAACAAGGCUUGCAUAAACCAGAAAUGUCAAGAUCCAUGCCCGGGAACUUGCGGUAUAAACGCGAGGUGUCAAGUCAACAACCACAACCCUAUUUGCAGUUGUCCACCAGAUCAUGUCGGCGAUCCGUUUAUUCAAUGCACCGUACCAAUUAAACCAGAACCAGAACCUGUUACACCAUGCAUACCAUCGCCAUGUGGAUCCAACGCUGAAUGCAGAGCUGUUGGGGAUCGUUCAGUUUGUUCCUGUUUACCAGGUAUGUUUGGAGCUCCACCAAACUGCCGUCCUGAAUGUGUCAUCGACCAGGAUUGUCCUCUAAACUUGGCCUGCACCAAUAACAGAUGCAAAGAUCCUUGCCGAGGCUCUUGCGGAUUCAACGCUCAAUGUACUGCAGUAAACCACAGACCAGUUUGCAGCUGUUUAUCUGGUUUCGAAGGCGAUCCGUUCUCAGGUUGCAACGAGAUAAAAGUAAUAGAUAUUCCGACGGAUCCUUGUAAUCCGAGCCCGUGCGGCUCUAACGCCGUAUGUAACGUGCGUAAUGGUGCUGGAUCGUGUACGUGCGUAAAAGGCCACUUUGGCGACCCUUACACCGGUUGUAGGCCGGAGUGCGUAACCAAUAACGAUUGUCCCUCAGACAAAGCCUGUUUGGGAAUGAAAUGUAGAGAUCCAUGUCCUGGUAGCUGUGGCAUAAAUGCCGAAUGCCGCGUUUUGAAUCACAACCCUCAUUGUUAUUGCGCGCCUGGGUACACUGGAAACGCGUUGACGCUUUGCAGAGAACCACAGCCCACUAUAAUCGAAGAACCAAGACGUAAUCCUUGCAUACCCUCCCCGUGUGGACCUUAUAGCAUAUGUAGAAUAUUAAACGAAAGGCCUGUGUGCUCUUGCAGCCCAGGCUAUUUUGGCGCACCCCCAAAUUGUAAACCCGAAUGUUUGGUUAAUUCGGAAUGUCAAUUAGAUAAAGCAUGUGUAAACCAGAAAUGUGUAGACCCUUGCCCUGGAACUUGUGGCUACAACGCUCGUUGUAAAGUGGUUAUUCACAGCCCUAUUUGUAGCUGUCCUUCAGGUUAUGUGGGUGAUCCUUUCAGCAGAUGCAUUUUGGAAGAGAAACCACCGGUUAAUGUUGAAGUUAGAAACCCUUGCAUACCAUCGCCAUGCGGAACAUUCGCUGAAUGUAGAAACAUAAAUGAUCGUGCAGUGUGCACAUGUUUGGCAAGUUAUUUCGGAGCCCCUCCAAAUUGUAGGCCAGAGUGUGUUGUAAACUCUGAGUGUGCCCUUACUAAAGCCUGUAUAAAUCAAAGGUGUAAAGACCCUUGCCCUGGUUCGUGUGGCUAUAACGCCGAAUGUAAAACCAUCAACCAUGCCCCUGUUUGCUAUUGUUUAUCGGGUUACACAGGAGAUCCAUUUUCAGGUUGUCAGAAAUUCAUACCUAUUGAAAAACCUGCCGAACCUUGCAAUCCGUCGCCAUGUGGCGCAAACGCAAUUUGCAGAGAACAAAACGGUGCAGGGUCUUGUACUUGCUUGCCAGACUAUUUUGGAGACCCGUAUUCAGGUUGCAGGCCUGAAUGUGUCAUGAAUUCUGAAUGUCCCAGAAACAGGGCUUGUGUUAACAAUAAAUGUAAAGACCCUUGCCCUGGAACCUGCGGAUUAAACGCUGAUUGCCGUGUAAAUAACCAUAUACCUACAUGUUUAUGUUUGCCUGGAUUUACUGGAGAUGCUCUUAGAUCCUGUCAUCCAAUACAGAUACCAGAACCUACUAUUAUUGAAGAACCGGUAGACCCAUGCCUACCUUCACCAUGUGGCCCUUACAGUGUAUGUAGACAGAUAAAUGGACACGCUGUAUGCUCUUGUCAACCUAAUUACAUAGGAGCUCCUCCAACUUGCAGACCUGAAUGUACUGUAAGCACAGAUUGUGCACAAGACAAAGCUUGCAUCAACCAAAAAUGCAAAGAUCCAUGCCCUGGAACAUGCGGUAUACACGCUAGAUGUAACGUUAUUAAUCACAACCCUAUAUGCAGUUGUCCAGCGGGAUUGGUUGGUGAUCCUUUCAUACGUUGUAUCCAAGAAGAAAAACGCCCGGAACCACGACCAAGUGGUAAUCCCUGUGUUCCUUCGCCUUGCGGGCCAAACUCACAGUGUAGAGUGGUCGGUACUCAAGCCGCAUGCUCUUGCUUGCCCAAUUAUAUCGGUCGUUCGCCUAAUUGUAGACCCGAAUGUACCAUAAACGCGGAAUGUCCCGGAAAUUUAGCUUGCAUAAACGAAAUGUGUAAAGAUCCAUGCCCCGGCUCUUGCGGUGCUAACACAAAUUGUAUCGUCGUUAAACACUCACCUAACUGUCAAUGUUUAGGCGGUUUUACCGGAGAUCCGUUCUCUGGAUGUUCAGCAAUACCAAUCGCGCCCGUUGAAGAAAGACGCAUGCCAUGCAAUCCAUCUCCGUGUGGUGCAAACGCUGUCUGUAAAGAACAAAACGGAGCCGGCUCCUGCACAUGUUUGCCGGAAUAUUUCGGAGACCCAUACACCAGUUGUAGACCGGAGUGCGUAACAAACACAGAUUGCGCGCGCGAUAAAGCUUGCGUAAACCAAAAAUGUAAAGAUCCUUGUCCAGGAGCAUGCGGUAUAAACGCAGAGUGCACAGUACCUAACCACGCUCCACAGUGUUUCUGUUUGCAAGGUUACACAGGUAACCCCACUGUAGCGUGCCAUUUACCUCCGCCAGUGGUAGAAAAGCCCAGGAUUGAACCAUGUAAUCCAUCACCAUGCGGUCCCUACAGCAACUGCCGAGUUAUUAACGAUCACGCAGUGUGUUCUUGUCAAGUUAAUUACAUAGGAUCGCCACCAAUGUGUAGGCCAGAAUGUAUUAUAAGCGCAGAUUGUCCUUUAGACAAAGCUUGUAUUAGCCAAAAAUGUCAAGAUCCAUGCCCGGGAACAUGCGGUAUAAAUGCGAGAUGUCAAGUUGUUAACCACAACCCAAUUUGUAGUUGUUCGCCUGGAUAUUCCGGCGAUCCAUUUAUAAGAUGUUUAGUCGAAGAAAAACGGCCUGAGCCUGUAGCUCCGAUAAAUCCUUGUGAUCCAUCACCGUGUGGUCCAAAUUCACAAUGUAGGGUAGUCGGUAAUACGCCGGCAUGUUCCUGCCUACAAAAUUAUGUUGGUCGAGCACCAAAUUGUAGACCGGAAUGUAGAAUCAACUCAGAAUGUCCAAGUAAUUUGGCAUGUGUAAACGAAAGAUGUGUAGAUCCUUGCCCAGGCUCGUGCGGAAGAAACGCCGAUUGUUUGGUUAUUAACCAUAGAUCGGUAUGUUCUUGCGUAGUAGGCUUUACUGGGGAUCCAUUUGCUGGCUGUAACUUGAUACCAAGUAAGAUUUCUAACCCGACUCGCGUUAUAAUUGCUCACAAAAAUAAAUUUUUAGUUGUACAACCUGUAGAAGAAGAUUUAAAUCCUUGCAACCCAUCUCCUUGCGGUGCUAACUCUGUAUGUAAAGAGCAAAAUGGCGCCGGUUCUUGCACAUGUUUGCCUGAAUAUCAAGGCGAUCCUUAUACCGGUUGCAGACCUGAGUGCGUAACAAACUCAGACUGCCCAAGAGACAAGGCGUGUGUAAAUAACAAAUGUAAAGAUCCUUGCCCUGGAACAUGCGGGGUAAACGCCGAAUGUACAGUUUUAAAUCACGCGCCUUCUUGUAACUGUCUACCUGGAUACAUCGGCAAUCCUUUAUCAUCUUGUAGACUACCGCCACCACCUGGUAAUUCUAACUCUAUUAACUUUAAUUCUUUAUCUUAUUUCCUUAAUUUUUCUUUAGAAGAAGAACCUAAACGAAACCCAUGUCAACCUUCACCCUGCGGACCGUACAGUCAAUGUAGAGUCGUAAAUGACCAUGCAGUAUGUUCUUGUCAAUCUAAUUAUAUCGGCACUCCGCCAGCAUGUAGACCUGAAUGUACUGUUAGCUCUGAAUGUGCCCAAAAUAAAGCAUGCAUAAACAAUAAAUGCCAAGACCCUUGCCCGGGAACAUGUGGAAUAAACGCUAGAUGCAAUGUUAUAAACCACAAUCCUAUUUGUAGUUGUCCACCGAAUUAUGUAGGCGAUCCUUUCGUUAGAUGUAUCGUUGAAGAAAAAAAAACAAUAGAACCAAGUGGAAAUCCUUGCGUUCCUUCACCUUGCGGGCCAAACUCUCAGUGCAGAGUUGUAGGUACCCAAGCAGCAUGCUCAUGUUUGCCAAAUUACAUAGGCCGUGCGCCAAACUGUAGACCAGAAUGUACAAUAAACGCAGAAUGUCCCGGGAAUCUUGCAUGUCAAAACGAAAAAUGUAAAGACCCUUGUCCAGGAUCCUGUGGGUCCUUCACUACUUGUAUAGUUGUAAAGCAUGCUCCAAACUGUCAAUGUUUAGGUGGUUACACUGGAGAUCCGUUUACUGGUUGCUCCAUAAUUCCUCCUACUCCUGUUACUGAAGAACCGCGUAACCCUUGUAACCCGUCGCCAUGCGGUGCUAAUGCCAUAUGCAAAGAAAGAAAUGGCGCAGGAUCUUGUUCUUGCUUGCCAGAGUAUUUCGGAGAUCCAUACAUGGGUUGCCGACCGGAAUGUGUCACAAAUUCUGACUGUGAUAGAAGCAGAGCUUGCUCAAAUAAUAAAUGUAUUGACCCAUGUCCAGGAACUUGCGGAUUAAAUGCAGAAUGCAGAGUGGUGAAUCACGCACCAUCUUGUUUAUGUAUAAGUGGAUAUACCGGUGAUCCAACUAAGAUAUGUCAUGUUAUUCAAGCCAAAGAACCUAAAACACCAUUGAACCCUUGCGCGCCUUCACCAUGCGGACCAUACAGUCAAUGUCGCGAGAUUAAUAGCCACGCUGUAUGCUCAUGCGAUGUGGGCUAUGUAGGUUCGCCGCCAAUGUGUAGGCCUGAAUGUGUUGUAAGCUCAGAAUGCCCACAAGACAAAGCAUGUGUUAACCAAAAAUGUGCCGACCCUUGCCCGGGAACAUGCGGAAUAUCUGCACAAUGCAAAGUUGUCAGUCACAAUCCAAUUUGUACUUGUCAGAAUGGUUUUACAGGCGAUCCGUUUAUACGUUGCACGAAAAUCGAAUUACCACCACCUCCUAAAGAUACAGGAAAUCCCUGUGUACCUUCACCUUGUGGACCCAAUUCUCAAUGUAGAGUAAUUGGAACACAAGCUGCAUGUUCUUGCCUUCCAAACUUUGUGGGUCGCGCGCCUAAUUGCCGACCCGAAUGUACAAACGACUCCGAAUGUCCCAAUCAUUUAGCAUGUAAAAACGAGAAAUGUAGAGACCCUUGUCCUGGCUCUUGUGGACUCAAUGCUCAAUGUACUGUUGUAAAUCAUAGACCUGUAUGUUCUUGUUUCCCUGGCUAUACUGGUAAUCCAUCUACUUCUUGCUCUUUGCCACCACCACCAUCUACCGAGAGAACACCAACAUCUCCAUGCUUCCCGUCACCAUGUGGUCCAAACGCAGAAUGCAGAGAAAAGAACGGUGCAGGUGCUUGCAUCUGUCCUCCGGGCUACUUGGGAGAUCCUUAUGACAGCAAUAAAGGUUGUCACAGAGAGUGCGAGAUAAACUCAGACUGUACACAAACUCUAGCUUGUGUAGCGUACAAAUGCGUGGAUCCAUGUCCGGGAACUUGCGGGCAGCUUGCAGAAUGUCACGUUAACAAUCACGUGCCAACAUGCACAUGUCUACCAGGUUUUACUGGAGAUCCGUUCUUCCAAUGCAAAGAAAUUCCAAUAAUAGCGCCACCAAGGUCUGAGGAUCCUUGCAAUCCAUCGCCAUGCGGUCCAAAUAGUCAAUGUAGGAACGUUAACGGACAAGGAGUGUGCUCUUGCUCACCGAACUUCAUCGGUUCCCCUCCAGCAUGUAGACCAGAAUGUGUUGUUAGCUCUGAAUGUCCACUUGAUCGUGCGUGUAUUAACCAGAAAUGCGCUGAUCCAUGCCCGAACACUUGUGGAUUAGGAGCACAAUGUACAACUAAAAACCACAAUCCAAUCUGCGCAUGUCCUCCAGGAUUCACAGGAGAUCCGUUUACGAGAUGCUCACCACAACCAACUGUGGAAGAGCCCACUCAAACCGAAAGACCACCCUCUUGCUAUCCGUCCCCUUGCGGACCAAACUCGCAAUGCCAAAUUGUUGGAAACGUGCCAUCUUGCUCUUGUCUGCCAAACUAUAUUGGUGCCCCGCCCAGUUGCAGACCUGAGUGCGUACUAAGCUCAGAAUGUGCUAGUCAGCAAGCUUGCAUAAUGCAAAAAUGUAAAGACCCCUGUCCAGGCUCAUGCGGAACGAAUGCCAAUUGCCAUGUAGUUAAUCAUUUGCCAAUUUGCACUUGUCUUGAAGGUUAUGUCGGUGAUCCGUUCACUCAGUGUACCCUAAAACCACCGGUCACAGAGCCACCGCAACCAAGAGACCCAUGCAACCCUUCGCCUUGUGGACCCAAUGCUCAAUGUAGGGACGGUAUUUGUACUUGCUUGCCUGAAUAUCUAGGAAAUCCGUAUGAAUCGUGCAGACCGGAAUGCGUUUUAAGCACAGAAUGUAGCAGAGAUAAGGCUUGCAUCAGAAACAAAUGUGUGGAUCCAUGCCCAGGAACUUGCGGACAAAACGCACGUUGCGAUGUUAUCAAUCACAUUCCAACAUGCUCAUGUCCGAAUGAUUAUACCGGUGACCCAUUCACUCUGUGUAGAAUGGAAGAACCUAGAAUACCAGAAAACAGAGACCCUUGUAACCCCACUCCUUGUGGGCCAAAUAGCCAAUGCAAAGAUGUUAACGGUCACGCCGUAUGUUCUUGCUUACAAGGGUUCCAGGGUUCGCCACCUUCUUGCAAACCGGAAUGCAUAGUCAGCGCUGAAUGUCCACAAAACAGAGCUUGCGUAAACCAGAAAUGCAGUGAUCCAUGUCUUGGUUCUUGCGGCUUAAGAGCUAGAUGUGAAGUUAGAAAUCAUAGCCCAAUUUGUAGCUGUUCUGAAGGACUUACUGGAGAUCCAUUCCAAAGUUGCAGCCCUAUUCCACCAGAACCAAGUACACCAAGACCAAUAGAGGAUCCAUGCCAGCCAUCUCCAUGUGGACCAAAUUCGCAAUGUAGAAGAGUCGGUGAUACGCCAUCUUGUAGUUGUAUACAAGGUUACAUCGGUACUCCACCAAGCUGCAGACCAGAGUGCGUGAUAAAUCCAGAUUGUCCAAGCGAACAAGCCUGCAUAAACAACAAAUGCAGAGACCCGUGCCCUGGAAGCUGCGGAGAUAACGCUGAAUGCAGAGUCAUUUCUCAUACCGUCUCAUGCACAUGUGCUCCAGGAUUUACUGGAAACGCUUUUGUACAAUGCGUUCCUCAACGAAAGGAAGUCAUGAAUCCUUGUGAACCAUCCCCGUGUGGUGCUAACGCCGAAUGCAAACAACGCAACGGAGCAGGUGCUUGCUCUUGCAUACAAGACUACUUUGGAAAUCCCUAUGAAGGAUGCAGACCUGAAUGCGUACUUAGCGCAGAUUGCCCAACGAAUAAAGCAUGUAUAAGAAACAAAUGUGCAGAUCCAUGCCCUGGUGUGUGUGGUUCAAACGCUGAAUGUUCAGUUAUUAACCACGUACCAACAUGUAAUUGCAUACAGGGAUUUACAGGAAACCCAUUUACCAGUUGCCAAAUAAUACCACCAACAACCGAGCCCACUGUUGUCCAAGACCCUUGCCAGCCCUCGCCAUGCGGUCCAAACUCGCAAUGUCGCGAAGUUAACGGUCAAGCUGUUUGCUCAUGUUUGCCAGAAUACCAAGGUUCACCGCCAAGUUGCAAGCCAGAAUGUGUUGUUAGUUCCGAAUGUCCCUCUAACCGUGCCUGCCAUAAAUUCAAAUGUGCCAAUCCUUGCUCCGGAACUUGCGGAGUAGGAGCCAGAUGCGAAGUUAUUAAUCACAAUCCGAUUUGUAGUUGUCCUGAAGGUUUAACCGGAGAUCCUUUCACUAGAUGUUACACUUUACCACCCCCACCGGCUCCACAACCAAGACCAAACAUUGAUCCAUGUAACCCAUCACCUUGUGGAUCAAAUGCUCAAUGCAGAGCUGUUGGCGAUCAGCCAUCUUGCUCUUGCCUACCAAAUUACAUAGGACAGGCGCCAAACUGCAGACCCGAAUGUGUUGUCAAUACAGACUGUCCAUCCAUACAAGCUUGUAUUAGCGAAAAAUGUAGAGACCCAUGCCCAGGAUCUUGCGGUUUUAACGCUGAAUGCAGAGUACAAAACCACAUUCCUAUCUGUACAUGCAUAACUGGUUUCACAGGAAACUCGUUUACGUCCUGCAAUCCUAUACCAUCACCGCCACCACGUGACGCUGACUUACCUAAAGACCCUUGUAAUCCAUCACCUUGCGGGCAAAAUGCCCGCUGCGAUAACGGACUUUGCUCAUGUCUGCCAUUGUAUCACGGAGACCCAUUCGUUGGGUGCAGACCCGAAUGCACAAUGAAUACAGAUUGCUCACCCAAUAAAUCAUGCAACAAUUUGCGUUGUAUUGACCCUUGCCCUGGAACUUGUGGUCAAGGUGCCAUAUGCGAUGUUGUCAACCAUAUUCCCACAUGCAGUUGUCCUAAAGGCACCGAAGGUGAUCCUUUCACAAGCUGCAGAACUGUUAGAAUAGAAACACCUAUUAAUCCAUGCCAGCCAUCGCCAUGCGGUCCAAACUCGCAAUGUAGAAUCAACAAUGGCGUAGCAGUAUGUUCGUGCCAAACAGGAAACAUAGGAAGUCCACCAAACUGCAGACCAGAGUGUGUAGUCAGUGCCGAAUGUCCUUUGACACAAGCCUGCCUAAACAACAAAUGCAGGGACCCAUGUCCAGGAACGUGCGGCAUUAACGCGCAUUGCCAAGUUUUGAAUCACAAUCCAAUUUGCAGCUGUACCCAAGGAAACACAGGCGAUCCGUUUACGAGAUGCUAUCCAGUACCCAAAGAAGAACCUCGUCCGGUUAAUCCAUGCCAACCGAGCCCGUGCGGUCCGAACUCGGUGUGCCAAGUUCGCGGCGAAAGUCCUGCGUGUUCGUGUCUCGAAAAUUACGUCGGUCAAGCGCCAAACUGCAGGCCCGAGUGUACGAUAAAUCCCGAGUGUCAAACGACACGCGCGUGUAUAAAUCAAAAGUGUCGCGAUCCGUGUCCGGGUAGUUGCGGUUCAAACGCGUUGUGCAACGUCGUGAAUCACAAUCCUGUUUGCACGUGUCUUCCGGGAAUGACUGGUGAUCCGUUCAGAGGCUGCAUUCCAAUACCAGCGAGAUUGCCUGAGCCAGAAAUAAGAAACCCUUGUGUACCCUCUCCAUGCGGUGCAAAUGCAAUUUGUAAAGAAAGAAAUAGCGCCGGAGCCUGUGUAUGCUUGCCAGAAUACAUUGGAAACCCCUACGAAGGAUGCAGGCCCGAAUGUAUGUUUAAUUCUGAUUGUCCUUCGAAUAAAGCCUGCAUCAACAAUAAAUGCAAAGAUCCUUGCCCUGGUACUUGUGGACAAAAUGCUGAUUGCCAGGUUAUAAAUCACUCACCGUCUUGCACUUGCAUUCCUGGUUAUACAGGAGAUCCAUUUAGAUACUGUAGCAUUCCUCCGCCAGAACCUGUUCGUGAUGUAACACCUGUAAACCCUUGCCAGCCCUCACCAUGUGGUCCUAAUUCACAAUGCAGAGAAAUUAACGGACAAGCUGUAUGUUCUUGUUUACCAAAUUACAUUGGUAGUCCACCAAGUUGUAGACCUGAAUGUGUUGUUAGUUCUGAAUGUUCACCAAAUAGGGCUUGUAUCAAUCAAAAAUGCGUUGAUCCUUGCCCUGGAACAUGCGGAUUAAACUCUAAAUGCCAAGUCAUAAAUCACAGUCCCAUAUGCAGUUGCAAUCCAGGUCAUACUGGCGAUCCAUUUGCAAGAUGCUUCCCGAUACCUCCACCACCCCAAGAAAUUGUCGAAGAACCAAUAAGAAACCCUUGCGUACCAUCUCCGUGUGGUCCAAAUAGCCAAUGCAGAGACAUCGGUGGUUCUCCAUCAUGUUCUUGUUUAGCUAAUUAUAUAGGAAGCCCGCCAAAUUGUAGGCCAGAAUGUUCGAUAAACCCAGAAUGCUCAAGUAAUUUGGCAUGUAUCCGCGAAAAAUGCAGAGAUCCUUGCCCGGGAUCCUGCGGAUCUAACGCUAUUUGUAAUGUUCUAAAUCAUAAUUCGAUAUGUACUUGCCCGGAUGGUUACAUUGGUGAUCCAUUUACGAAUUGUUAUCCCAAACCACAAGAAAUUGAGCCUGUACAAGUAAAUGAUCCAUGCAAUCCAAGUCCUUGUGGGCCAAAUGCACAAUGCAAUAAUGGUAUAUGUGCGUGUUUGCCUGAAUAUCAAGGCGAUCCUUAUAGAGGAUGUAGACCUGAAUGUAUUUAUAACAACGAUUGUCCAAGAAAUAGGGCUUGCAUUAGAAAUAAAUGUGUUGAUCCUUGCCCUGGUACUUGCGCUCCAACUGGUAUAUGCCAAGUUAUCAACCAUAUACCAAUGUGUAGUUGCCCUACUGGAUUCACCGGAAACGCUUUUGUAUCCUGCAGAAUUAUUGAAACCCCGCCUAAGGCAGAUCCAUGUAACCCAUCACCAUGCGGGCCAAACUCGCAAUGUAGGGAAAUUAAUGGACAAGCUGUAUGCUCCUGUGUACCUGGCUUCAUCGGUAGUCCACCAACUUGCAGACCUGAGUGCGUUACUAGUUCAGAAUGUCCUUUGACACAGGCUUGUGUAAAUCAAAAAUGUGUUGACCCUUGUCCAGGCACUUGUGGCAUAAAUGCUAACUGUCAAGUAAUAAACCACAAUCCUAUUUGUAGUUGUUUAAAUGGCUAUAUCGGUGAUCCAUUUACUAGAUGCACUCCAAGGCCAAUUGAAGACGCUGUCAUAUCUCCAAUUGAUCCCUGCAAUCCAUCACCUUGUGGUCCAAACUCUCAAUGUAGAGAUGUUCGUGAUUCACCCUCUUGCUCAUGUUUGCCAGAAUUUAUAGGUACACCACCAAAUUGUAGACCUGAAUGUGUUAGUAACAGCGAAUGCUCAAGCCAUUUGGCUUGUAUAAAUCGUAAAUGUAAAGAUCCCUGUCCUGGAACUUGCGGGCAAAAUGCCGAAUGUAGAGUUGUUAGUCACACUCCAAAUUGUGUCUGUAUCGUUGGAUACAUCGGUGAUCCAUUCACGAGUUGUAGAGUUAUUGAACCUGUUAUUGUGCAAGAUUUAAUUAACCCUUGUGUACCAUCCCCAUGUGGAGCCAAUGCUGUGUGUAAAGAACGCAAUAACGCAGGAUCUUGCACAUGUUUGCCAGAAUACAUUGGAAACCCCUACGAAGGAUGUAGACCUGAAUGCUCUAUAAACUCAGAUUGUCCAUCAAAUAAGGCCUGCAUAAGAAAUAAAUGCGUAGAUCCUUGCCCUGGAACUUGCGGACAAAACGCUAAUUGUCAAGUUAUAAAUCAUUUACCUUCUUGUACUUGUAUAUCUGGCUAUAUUGGUGAUCCAUUUAGAUAUUGUAGCAUUCCUCCGCCAGAACCUAUUCGUGAUACCACCCCACAAAAUCCUUGCCAACCUUCACCUUGUGGACCCUAUAGUCAAUGUCGCGAAGUAAACGGACAAGCUGUUUGCUCAUGCUUACCAACUUAUAUCGGUAGUCCGCCAGGUUGUCGCCCUGAAUGCGUUGUUAGCUCUGAGUGUCCACAAGAUAAGGCUUGUGUCAAUCAGAAAUGCGUAGAUCCAUGUCCUGGCACUUGUGGUCUAAAUGCCAACUGUCAAGUCAGAAAACAUAGUCCGAUUUGUAGUUGUAGGGCUGGACACACUGGUGAUCCAUUUACUAGAUGCUAUCCAAUACCACCACCUCAACCCGAACCGGUACAACAUAUUUCAUUAGAUCCUUGCUUACCAUCGCCUUGUGGUCCUAACUCACAAUGCAGAGUAAUAGGAAACAGUCCAUCUUGUAGUUGCUUACCAAACUUUGUUGGAAGCCCACCAAACUGCAGGCCAGAGUGUACAAUAAACUCAGAAUGUCCAAGUAACUUGGCUUGCAUUCGCGAAAAAUGCAGAGAUCCUUGUCCGGGUUCUUGCGGAGCUGGAGCUCAAUGUAAUGUUUUAAAUCACACACCAAUUUGUACAUGCCCUGAAGGUUAUACUGGAGAUCCAUUUACUUAUUGUAACAUUAAACCACAAGAAAUUCAGCCAGUCGAAACUGACCCUUGCAAUCCAAGCCCUUGCGGGCCAAAUGCGCAAUGUAACAAUGGAAUAUGUACCUGCUUGCCUGAAUACCAAGGCGAUCCUUACAGAGGAUGCAGACCUGAAUGCGUGCUUAAUAGUGAUUGUCCAAGGGAUAAGGCUUGUAUCAGAAAUAAAUGUAAAGAUCCUUGCCCAGGAACAUGUGGAACCAAUGCUAUUUGUUCAGUAAUUAACCACAUACCAAUGUGUUCUUGUAUAGAGAACUACAUUGGAAAUGCUUUUGUCAUGUGCAAUCCGCCUCCAGUUGAAUUACCACAAAACCCUUGUUCUCCAUCACCUUGUGGACCAAACUCACAAUGUAGAGAGUACAAUGGUCAAGCGGUAUGUUCUUGUGUACCUGGAUACAUUGGUAGUCCACCAACAUGUAGGCCUGAAUGUGUAACUAGUCAAGAAUGUUCCUUAAAUAAUGCCUGUGUUAACCAAAAAUGUAUUGAUCCUUGCCCGGGCACUUGCGGUUUAGCCGCAAAUUGUCAAGUGGUAAAUCACAACCCUAUAUGUACUUGUCCGCCACGUUUUACCGGAGAUCCAUUCGUAAGAUGUACACAAAUCGUUGAAGAACCUGUUGUAGUAUCUACAAAUCCAUGCCAACCAUCACCAUGUGGUCCAAACUCUCAAUGCAGAGCUGUUGGUGAUUCGCCAUCAUGUUCUUGUUUACCAGAAUUUAUAGGCUCACCACCAAAUUGUAGACCAGAAUGUGUCAGUAACAGCGAGUGUGCCAAUCAUUUGGCUUGUAUCAAUCAAAAAUGUAAAGACCCAUGUCCUGGAACUUGCGGACAAAAUGCUGAAUGUAGGGUUGUAAGUCACGCUCCAAAUUGCGUAUGUUUACCUGGAUACUUUGGAGAUCCAUUUACUUUAUGCUCGUUACAAGAAACAUCAAGGCCUGUAGAAAAUUUGAAUCCAUGUAUGCCAUCUCCAUGUGGUGUAAAUGCUGUUUGCAAAGAAAGAAACGGUGCAGGAGCUUGUGUAUGCCUACCUGAAUAUAUAGGAAACCCUUACGAAGGAUGUAGACCGGAAUGCUCUAUAAACUCAGAUUGUCCAUCAAAUAAGGCAUGCAUAAGAAAUAAAUGUGUUGAUCCUUGCCCUGGAACAUGCGGACAAAACGCUAAUUGCCAAGUUAUAAAUCAUUUACCACAAUGUACUUGUAUCCCUGGUUAUACUGGAGAUCCAUUUAGAUAUUGCAGUAUUCCUCCCCCAGAACCUGUUGUGGAAGACGCCCCUAGAAACCCUUGUCAACCAUCACCUUGCGGUCCAAACUCGCAAUGUAGGGAAGUAAACGGACAAGCUGUUUGCUCUUGUUUGCCCGAAUAUAUCGGUAGUCCACCAUCAUGCAGACCUGAGUGUACUGUUAGCUCUGAAUGUCCACAGAAUAAGGCCUGUGUCAAUCAGAAAUGUGUUGAUCCUUGUCCUGGAACUUGCGGAUUAAACGCUAAAUGUCAAGUUAUCAAUCACAGUCCUAUUUGCAGUUGCAAUCCAGGUCAUACUGGAGAUCCUUUCACUAGAUGUUACCCAAUACCUCCACCACCACCAGUAAUUGCCGAAGAACCAAUAAGAAAUCCUUGCGUACCAUCCCCUUGUGGUCCAAAUAGCCAAUGCAGAGACAUCGGUGGUUCUCCAUCGUGUUCUUGUUUAGCUAAUUACAUUGGAAGUCCACCAAAUUGUAGGCCAGAAUGUUCGAUUAACUCAGAAUGUCCAAGUAAUUUGGCUUGUAUCCGAGAAAAAUGUAGAGAUCCUUGCCCAGGUUCUUGCGGAGCAGGAGCUCAAUGUAAUGUUAUAAACCACACGCCAAUUUGUACAUGUCCUGAAGGUUAUACCGGUGAUCCAUUUAGUUAUUGUAAUAUAAAACCACAAGAGAUUCAACCAGUUGAAACUGACCCAUGCAAUCCAUCGCCAUGUGGUGCCAAUGCUCAAUGCAAUAAUGGAAUCUGUACUUGUUUCCCAGAAUACCAAGGUGAUCCGUAUAGAGGAUGCAGACCCGAAUGCGUACUUAAUAACGAUUGUCCAAGAGAUAAGGCUUGUAUAAGAAACAAAUGUAAAGAUCCUUGUCCAGGAACGUGUGGUCAAAACGCAGAAUGUAGUGUUAUAAACCACAUACCUAUGUGUACUUGUUUGCAAGGUUUUGUUGGAAACGCUUUUAUCAUGUGUAAUCUUAUACCAGGUAAACUAACUCUAAUCUCAACUUCAGACGUUAUUUUAACAAUUGUAUUUCUAGUUGAAGCCCCUAAAAAUCCAUGCUUCCCAUCACCUUGUGGACCUAACUCACAAUGUAGGGAAAUAAAUGGACAAGCUGUAUGCUCUUGUGUACCAGGAUUUAUUGGUAGCCCGCCAGCAUGUAGACCCGAGUGUGUUACUAGUCAAGAAUGUUCCUUAAAUAAUGCCUGUGUUAACCAAAAAUGUAUUGAUCCUUGCCCUGGCACUUGCGGCUUAGCUGCUAAUUGUCAAGUAGUAAAUCACAACCCUAUCUGUACUUGUCCAUCACGUUUUACCGGUGAUCCAUUCGUAAGGUGUACACCAAUUAUGGAAGAACCUGUUGUAGUUCCUACAAAUCCUUGCCAGCCAUCACCAUGUGGUCCGAACUCACAAUGCAGAACUGUUGGUGAUUCACCAUCAUGUUCUUGCCUGCCAGAGUUUAUUGGUUCACCACCAAACUGUAGACCAGAAUGUGUUAGUAAUAGCGAAUGUGCAAAUCACUUAGCUUGUAUUAAUCAAAAAUGUAAAGAUCCUUGCCCUGGUACUUGCGGACAAAAUGCCGAAUGUAGAGUUAUAAGCCAUACUCCAAAUUGUAUUUGCCCCAUUGGGUAUAUUGGAGAUCCAUUUACACAGUGUACUGUCCAACCACCUCAAAUCCCUCAAGAACAUUUAUCACCUUGCUCACCUUCUCCAUGUGGAGCAAAUGCUCAGUGUAGAGAACAAAAUGGUGCUGGUUCCUGUAUUUGUUUACCAGAGUACAUAGGAAAUCCUUACGAAGGAUGUAGACCUGAAUGCACCCUAAACUCAGAUUGCCCGCAAAAUAAAGCUUGUGUCAGAAAUAAAUGUAUAGACCCAUGCCCAGGAACUUGUGGUACGAACGCAAACUGUCACGUAUUAAACCAUCUCCCACAAUGUUCUUGUAUACCUGGUUACACUGGCGAUCCUUAUAGAUAUUGUAACAUUCCACCUCCAGAACCUGUUGUCGAAGAUGCUCCUAAAAACCCUUGUCAACCAUCACCUUGCGGACCAAACUCGCAAUGUAGGGAAGUAAACGGACAAGCAGUUUGCUCUUGUUUACCCGAAUAUAUCGGUAGUCCACCAUCAUGCAGACCUGAGUGUACUGUUAGCUCUGAAUGUCCACAGAAUAAGGCCUGUGUCAAUCAGAAAUGUGUUGAUCCUUGUCCUGGAACAUGCGGAUUAAACGCUAAAUGUCAAGUUAUCAAUCACAGUCCUAUUUGCAGUUGCAAUUCAGGUCAUACUGGUGAUCCUUUCACCAGAUGUUACCCAAUACCUCCACCACCUCCAGUUAUUGCCGAAGAACCGAUAAGAAACCCUUGCAUACCAUCACCGUGUGGUCCAAAUAGCCAAUGCAGAGACAUUGGUGGUUCUCCAUCAUGUUCUUGUUUAGCUAAUUAUAUAGGAAGCCCGCCAAAUUGUAGGCCAGAAUGCUCAAUAAACUCUGAAUGUCCAAGUAAUCUAGCUUGUAUCCGCGAAAAAUGUAAGGACCCUUGUCCAGGUUCCUGCGGAGCUGGUGCGCAAUGUUCAGUUAUAAAUCACACCCCAAUUUGUACUUGUCCUGAGGGUUAUACUGGAGAUCCAUUUACUUAUUGUAACAUUAAACCACAAGAGAUUCAGCCAAUCGAAACAGAUCCUUGUAACCCAAGCCCUUGCGGAUCAAAUGCACAAUGCGAUACAGGAAUAUGUACUUGUUUGCCAGAAUACCAAGGAGAUCCUUACAGAGGAUGUAGACCUGAAUGUGUACUAAAUAACGAUUGUCCAAAGAAUAAGGCUUGCAUAAGGAAUAAAUGUGUUGAUCCUUGCCCUGGAACUUGCGGACAAAACGCUGAAUGUUCUGUUAUCAAUCACAUACCAAUGUGUAGUUGCAUAUCAGGAUAUACCGGUAACGCCUUUAUAUUAUGUUCGAGAAUACCAGAACCAGUUAUAACGCACCCAUGUAACCCGUCUCCAUGUGGACCAAACUCACAAUGUAGAGAAAUCAAUCAACAAGCCGUAUGCUCUUGUGUACCUGGCUUCAUUGGAAGUCCGCCAACAUGUAGGCCUGAAUGUGUUACAAGUUCAGAAUGUCCUCUUAACGAAGCAUGUCAAAAUCAAAAAUGCAUAAACCCCUGUUUGGGUACUUGUGGAAUUGGAGCCAAUUGUCAAGUUGUGAAUCACAAUCCUAUUUGUACUUGUCCACAGCGUUUUACUGGAGAUCCAUUUAUAAGAUGUACACAAAUCGUAGAAGAAGCAAUUGUUGUACCAACAAAUCCAUGCCAACCUUCACCAUGUGGUCCAAACUCACAGUGCAGAGCCGUUGGUGAUUCACCAUCAUGCUCUUGCUUGCCAGAAUUUAUUGGUUCGCCUCCAAACUGCAGACCUGAAUGUGUAUCAAACAGCGAAUGUGCCAAUCAUUUGGCUUGUAUAAAUCAAAAAUGUAAAGACCCAUGCUCAGGAACUUGCGGAAUAAACGCUGAAUGUAGAGUUGUGAGUCACACUCCAAAUUGUAUUUGUAUAAAUGGUUAUUUCGGUAAUCCAUUUAGUGCUUGCCAAUUACCCGAACCCAUUAAACAAGAGAUAUUGUCACCUUGCUCACCAUCACCAUGUGGUUCCAAUGCUGUAUGUAAAGAACAGAAUGGAGCUGGUUCUUGUACUUGUUUGCCAGAAUUUAUUGGAAAUCCUUACGAAGGAUGUAGGCCAGAAUGCUCAAUAAACUCAGAUUGUCCAUCGAAUAAGGCUUGUAUCAACCAAAAAUGUAAAGACCCAUGCCCUGGAAUUUGCGGACCUAGUGCUACCUGCCAAGUUAUUAAUCAUGUCCCAUCUUGUACUUGUAUUCCUGGAUAUACAGGAGAUCCAUUUAGUUAUUGCAGCCCUAUACCUGUCCAGCAACCUCUUAUGGAAGAAACACCCAAAAAUCCUUGCCAACCCUCACCUUGUGGACCAAACUCGCAAUGUCGCGAAAAUAACGGGCAAGCUAUUUGCUCUUGUUUGCCAGAUUAUAUCGGCAGUCCACCAUCAUGCAGACCUGAAUGUGUUGUCAGCUCUGAAUGUGCAUUAACUAGGGCUUGUGUAAAUCAAAAAUGCGUAGACCCAUGUCCAGGAACAUGCGGAGUUGGAGCUAAUUGCCAAGUAAUAAAUCAUAGUCCUAUUUGUAGCUGUCAAUCCGGAUAUACCGGAAAUCCGUUUACGAGAUGCUACCCUAUACCACCGCCAAUUUCGCCUCCAGUUGAAAACAUUUAUGUUAAUCCUUGUGUACCUUCACCCUGCGGUCCAAACUCACAAUGCAGAGACACAAAUGGUUCUCCAUCGUGUUCCUGUUUAGCUAAUUAUAUGGGAAGCCCACCAAAUUGUAGACCAGAAUGUUCGAUAAACUCUGAAUGUCCAAGUAACUUGGCUUGUAUCCGCGAAAAAUGCAGAGAUCCUUGCCCAGGUUCUUGCGGAGUAGGAGCACAAUGUUCCGUUAUUAAUCACACACCAAUUUGUACUUGUCCAUCUGGUUAUACCGGAGACCCAUUCAGUUUUUGUAAUAUAAAACCACAAGAGAUUCAACCAGUUGAAACUGACCCAUGCAAUCCAUCGCCAUGUGGUGCCAAUGCUCAAUGCAAUAAUGGAAUAUGUACUUGUUUGCCAGAAUACCAAGGUGAUCCUUACAGAGGAUGCAGACCUGAAUGCGUACUUAAUAAUGAUUGUCCAAGAGACAAGGCUUGUAUAAAAAAUAAAUGUAAAGAUCCAUGCCCAGGAACUUGUGGUCAAAACGCAAUAUGCCAAGUUUACAAUCACAUACCUAUGUGUUCUUGUCAACCUGGUUAUACUGGAAAUGCUUUUGUUUUAUGUACCGAAAUUAGAGUCCCUGUUGCACAAAACCCUUGCCAGCCAUCUCCUUGCGGUCCAAACUCGCAAUGCAGAGAAAUUAAUCAACAAGCUGUUUGUUCUUGUUUACCAAAUUACAUUGGAAGUCCACCAACUUGUAGGCCUGAAUGUAUUUCGAGUAACGAAUGUUCUUUAACUAAAGCUUGCGUAAAUCAGAAAUGUAUUGAUCCUUGCCCUGGAACUUGUGGCCUUUCAGCUAAAUGUCAGGUUAUCAAUCACAAUCCUAUAUGCACUUGCCCGCCGAGAUAUACUGGAGAUCCGUUUGUCAGAUGUACACCAAUUCCAAUUGAAGAACCAGUGGUAGUAAAUCCCUGUCAACCAUCGCCGUGUGGACCAAAUGCACAAUGCAAAGUCAUUGGCGAUUCGCCAUCUUGCUCUUGUUUGCCGGAAUUUAUAGGUUCACCACCAAAUUGCAGACCUGAAUGUGUUAGUAACAGUGAAUGCUCGAGCCAUUUAGCUUGUAUAAAUCAGAAAUGCAAAGAUCCUUGCCCUGGUACCUGCGGACAAAAUGCAGAGUGUAGAGUUAUAAGCCAUUCGCCAAAUUGUGUUUGUAUACCUGGUUAUACUGGAGAUCCAUUCUCGCUUUGUAGCAUUAUUCCAGCACCUAUACCUGUAGAAAAUAUAUCACCUUGUCAACCUUCACCGUGUGGAGCUAACGCUCAAUGUAGAGUUCAAAACAAAGCAGGUGCUUGUACUUGUCUGCCUGAAUACAUAGGAAAUCCUUACGAAGGAUGUAGGCCUGAAUGCACCCUAAACUCAGAUUGCCCACAAAAUAAAGCUUGCGUAAGAAAUAAAUGUAUAGACCCAUGCCCAGGAACUUGUGGUACGAACGCAAACUGCCACGUAUUAAACCAUCUCCCACAAUGUUCUUGUAUACCUGGUUACACUGGCGAUCCUUAUAGUUAUUGUAACAUUCCACCUCCAGAACCUGUUGUCGAAGAUACUCCUACAAACCCUUGUCAACCAUCACCUUGCGGUCCAAACUCACAAUGCAGGGAAGUGAACGGACAAGCUGUUUGCUCUUGUUUACCCGAAUAUAUCGGUAGUCCACCAUCAUGCAGACCUGAGUGUACUGUUAGCUCUGAAUGUCCACAAAAUAAGGCCUGUGUCAAUCAGAAAUGUGUUGAUCCUUGUCCUGGAACUUGCGGAUUAAACGCUAAAUGUCAAGUUAUUAAUCACAGUCCUAUUUGCAGUUGCAAUCCAGGUCACACUGGUGAUCCUUUCACUAGAUGUUACCAAACACCUCCACCACCAACAGUAAUUGCCGAAGAACCAAUUAGAAACCCUUGCGUACCAUCCCCAUGUGGUCCAAAUAGCGAAUGCAGAGACAUCGGUGGAUCUCCAUCAUGUUCUUGUUUAGCUAAUUAUAUAGGAAGCCCGCCAAAUUGCAGGCCAGAGUGUUCAAUAAACUCAGAAUGUCCAAGUAACUUGGCUUGUAUCAGAGAAAAAUGCAGAGAUCCUUGCCCAGGUUCUUGCGGAUCUGGAGCACAAUGUUCAGUUAUCAAUCAUACACCAAUUUGUAGUUGUCCAGAUGGUUACACUGGAGAUCCAUUUAGUUACUGUCAAUUAAAACCUCAAGAAAUUCAACCAGUUGAAACAGACCCAUGCAAUCCAUCACCAUGUGGUGCUAAUGCUUUAUGCAACAAUGGAAUAUGUACGUGUUUGCCUGAAUAUCAAGGUGAUCCUUAUAGAGGAUGCAGACCUGAAUGUGUACUUAACAAUGAUUGUCCAAGGAAUAAGGCUUGUAUAAGAAAUAAAUGUGUCGAUCCUUGCCCUGGCACCUGCGGACAAAACGCCGAAUGCUCUAUAGUCAAUCACAUACCAAUUUGUACUUGUAUUCAAGGAUAUACAGGAAACGCUUUUGUUUUAUGUAACAGAAUCCCAGCACCGACACCAACAAAUCCAUGUAACCCAUCACCUUGUGGGCCAAACUCACAAUGUAGGGAAAUAAAUGGACAAGCGGUAUGCUCUUGUGUACCAGAAUUUAUCGGAAGUCCACCAGCAUGUAGACCUGAAUGUGUAACUAGUCAAGAAUGUUCCUUAAACAGAGCAUGUGUUAACCAAAAAUGUAUUGAUCCUUGCCCAGGCACUUGCGGUUUAGCUGCUAAUUGUCAAGUCGUAAAUCAUAAUCCUAUAUGUACUUGUCCUCCACGUUUUACCGGUGAUCCUUUUGUAAGAUGUACACAAAUUGUUGAGGAACCUAUUGUAGUACCUACAAAUCCGUGCCAACCAUCACCUUGUGGUCCAAACUCUCAAUGCAGAGAAAUUGGGGAUUCACCUUCGUGUUCUUGCUUGCCAGAAUUUAUAGGUUCACCGCCAAAUUGUAGACCGGAAUGUGUCAGUAAUAGUGAAUGCUCAAGCCAUUUGGCUUGUAUCAACCAAAAAUGUAAAGAUCCAUGCCCAGGAAUAUGCGGCCAAAAUGCUGAAUGUAGAGUAGUUUCACAUUCGCCAAAUUGUGUCUGUAUCCAAGGCUAUGUAGGAAAUCCAUUUGUCCAAUGUCAGUUACCAUUAGCACCGCCAGUUCAUGAACAUAUUGCGCCUUGCUCGCCAUCUCCGUGUGGUGCAAACGCAAUUUGCAAAGAAAGAAAUAAUGCCGGAGCUUGUACUUGCGUCGAAGGCUACAUCGGUAAUCCUUACGAAGGAUGUAGACCUGAAUGCACCAUUAACUCCGAUUGUCCAUCAAAUAAGGCUUGUGUAAACAAUAAAUGUAGAGAUCCUUGCCCAGGAACUUGCGGACAAAAUGCGAAUUGUCGUGUUAUGAAUCAUUUACCACAAUGUACUUGCUUACCUGGCUAUACAGGCGAUCCGUUUAGAUAUUGUAACCUUCCCACGCCAGAACCUGUUGUUGAAGACGCUCCUAAAAACCCUUGCCAACCAUCACCCUGCGGUCCAAACUCGCAAUGUAAAGAAAUUAACGGACAAGCUGUUUGCUCUUGUCUGCCCGAAUAUAUCGGUAGUCCACCAUCAUGCAGACCUGAGUGUACUGUUAGCUCUGAAUGUCCACAAAAUAAGGCAUGUGUCAAUCAAAAAUGCGUCGAUCCUUGUCCUGGAACUUGCGGAUUAAACGCCAAAUGUCAAGUAAUCAAUCACAGUCCUAUAUGCAGUUGUAAUUCAGGUCAUACUGGUGAUCCAUUUACAAGAUGUUACCCAAUACCACCUCCUCCACCUGUUCAAGAAGUGGAACCUUACAGAAACCCUUGCGUGCCAUCUCCGUGUGGACCCAACAGUCAAUGUAGAGAUACAAACGGUUCUCCGUCAUGCUCUUGCUUACCAAACUACUUCGGUAGUCCACCAAAUUGCAAACCCGAAUGUACAAUAAAUCCUGAAUGCUCUAGUAACUUGGCCUGUAUCCGCCAAAAAUGCAAAGAUCCUUGUCCAGGUUCUUGCGGAGUAGAAGCACAGUGUUCCGUUAUAAAUCACACACCGAUUUGUACUUGUCCAGCCGGUUACACUGGGGAUCCAUUUAGUUAUUGUCAGUUAAAACCGCAAGAGAUUCAACCAGUUGAAACAGACCCAUGCAAUCCAUCACCAUGUGGUGCUAAUGCUCAAUGCAAUAAUGGAAUUUGUACUUGUUUGCCUGAAUAUCAAGGGGAUCCGUAUAGAGGAUGCAGACCUGAAUGUGUUCUUAAUAAUGAUUGUCCAAGAAAUAAGGCUUGUAUAAGGAAUAAAUGUGUUGAUCCUUGCCCUGGAACUUGCGGACAAAACGCUGAAUGUUCAGUUAUCAAUCACAUACCAAUGUGUACUUGUAUAUCAGGCUACACUGGUAACGCUUUUAUAUUAUGUUCAAAAAUACCAGAGCCAACUAUUGUGAACCCAUGUAACCCAUCUCCUUGUGGACCGAACUCCCAAUGCAGAGAAAUCAAUCAACAAGCUGUAUGCUCUUGCGUACCAGGAUUUAUAGGCAGUCCACCAACUUGUAGGCCUGAAUGUGUUACUAGUUCAGAAUGUUCGUUAAACAAGGCCUGUGUAAAUCAGAAAUGCAUAGAUCCUUGCCCGGGAACUUGUGGUAUUAACGCUUUAUGUCAAGUUGUAAAUCACAACCCUAUAUGUAGUUGCCCUCCACGACAAACUGGCGAUCCGUUUGUAAGGUGUUUGCCAAUACAAGAAGAGCCAGUUGUUACACCAACUGACCCAUGUCAACCAUCACCAUGCGGUCCAAACUCUCAAUGCAGAGUGAUUGGUGAUUCGCCAUCUUGCUCUUGCCUGCCAGAAUUUACUGGUUCGCCUCCAAACUGUAGACCUGAAUGCGUUAGUAACAGCGAAUGUGCCAAUCAUUUGGCGUGUAUUAAUCAAAAAUGUAAAGAUCCUUGCCCCGGUACAUGCGGACAAAACACAGAAUGUCGCGUCAUUAGCCACACACCAAAUUGCGUAUGCUUACCUGGAUACAUAGGAGAUCCGUUCUCCAGAUGUAAUUUACCACCAUCUCCACCCUCUGAAAUAAUUACACCAUGUUCCCCGUCACCAUGUGGCGCUAAUGCUAUUUGCAAAGAACGUAAUAACGCAGGCUCUUGCUCUUGUUUGCCAGACUAUAUUGGCAAUCCCUACGAAGGAUGUAGACCCGAAUGUGUCCUUAACUCUGAUUGUCCUUCAAACAAAGCCUGUGUUAGUAACAAGUGUGUAGACCCUUGCCCUGGAACUUGCGGACAAAAUGCCAACUGCCAAGUAGUAAACCACUUGCCAUCUUGUACAUGUUUCCCUAGCUAUACCGGCGAUCCAUAUACCUAUUGCACAAUACCAGCUCCUGAACCUGUUAUCGAAGAUACUCCUAAAAACCCUUGCCAACCAUCACCUUGUGGGCCAAAUUCGCAAUGUCGCGAGAAUAACGGACAAGCUAUUUGCUCGUGCUUGCCAAAUUAUAUCGGUAGUCCACCAUCAUGCAGGCCUGAAUGUGUCGUAAGCUCUGAAUGUCCUCUUAAUAAAGCUUGUAUCAAUCAAAAGUGCGCUGAUCCGUGCCCAGGUACGUGCGGUAUUAAUGCCAAGUGUGAAGUGAUAAACCACAGCCCUAUAUGUAGUUGCAACUCCAGAUUUACUGGUGAUCCGUUCACCAGAUGUUACCCAAUACCACCACCUCCUCCAGAACCUGUGCCGGCUAUUAUUACAAACCCAUGUGUACCAUCACCAUGUGGGCCAAACUCAGAAUGUCGAGACAUUGGAGGAGCUCCAUCGUGUUCGUGCUUGACAACUUAUAUCGGUCAACCUCCAAAUUGCCGACCGGAAUGUACAAUCAAUUCAGAAUGUUCAAGUAACUUGGCUUGCAUUACGCAGAAAUGCAGAGAUCCAUGUCCAGGAUCAUGCGGAAGCAACGCUGUUUGUAAUGUAUUAAACCACGUACCGAUAUGUACUUGUCUUGAGGGAUAUGUUGGCGAUCCAUUUACUUAUUGUAACAUCAAACCACAAGAGAUUCAGCCAGUUGAAACAGACCCAUGCAAUCCAUCACCAUGUGGUUCCAAUGCACAAUGUAACAAUGGAAUAUGUACUUGUUUGCCAGAAUACCAGGGAGAUCCUUCUAGAGGAUGUAGGCCUGAAUGUGUGCUAAAUAACGAUUGUCCAAGAAAUAAGGCUUGUAUAAGAAAUAAAUGCAAAGAUCCUUGCCCUGGAACGUGUGGCCAAAACGCUGAAUGUGCUGUUAUUAAUCAUAUUCCAACUUGUUCUUGCCUACAAGGAUAUACUGGCAAUGCUUUUGUCUUAUGUAAUAGAAUACCAGCACCAAUACAAACAAAUCCAUGUAACCCAUCACCGUGUGGGCAAAACUCGCAAUGUCGGGAAAUAAAUGGACAAGCUGUAUGUUCUUGUGUACCAGGAUUUAUGGGAAGUCCCCCAUCUUGCAGACCCGAGUGUGUGACUAGUCAAGAAUGUUCUCUUAGUCAAGCCUGUGUUAACCAAAAAUGUAUCGACCCCUGUCCAGGUACUUGCGGCAUAAACGCGCAAUGUCAAGUGGUCAACCACAAUCCGAUUUGUAGUUGUCAAGUUAGAUUUACAGGAGAUCCAUUUGUAAGAUGCACACCAAUAAGAGAAGAACCUGUUUUUGUACCGACAAAUCCAUGCCAACCAUCUCCUUGUGGUCCAAAUUCUCAAUGCAGAGCUGUUGGUGAUUUACCGUCAUGCUCUUGCUUGCCAGAGUUUAUUGGUUCGCCUCCAAAUUGCAAACCUGAGUGUGUCAGUAACAGCGAAUGUGCCAAUCACUUGGCUUGUAUCAACCAAAAAUGUAAAGACCCAUGCCCUGGUACGUGCGGACAAAACGCUGAAUGCAGAGUUAUUAGUCACACUCCCAAUUGUGUAUGUUUGCCUGGAUAUUUGGGUGAUCCGUUCUCAUUCUGUAAUUUAGAAACUCGUCCACCAGUUGUCGAAAGACCUACUCCAUGCUUGCCUUCACCGUGCGGGGCAAAUGCAAUUUGCAAAGAACAAAAUGGAGCUGGUUCUUGCUCUUGUUUACCAGAAUUUAUUGGAAAUCCUUAUGAAGGAUGUAGGCCAGAAUGCUCAAUAAACUCAGAUUGUCCUUCGAAUAAGGCUUGUAUAAGAAACAAAUGUGUUGAUCCUUGUCCUGGAACAUGCGGACAGAAUGCACAGUGUCAAGUGGUAAAUCAUUUGCCAUCUUGUACCUGUCUACCAGGUUUUACUGGAGAUCCAUUUAGAUACUGUAACAUGCAUGUAGAACCUGUGCAACAAGAAGAACCUACAAAUCCAUGCCAACCAUCACCAUGCGGACCAAACUCGCAAUGUAGAGAAGUAAACGGUCAGGCAGUAUGUUCUUGUUUGCCUGAAUAUAUUGGUAGUCCACCAGGUUGUAGACCAGAGUGUGUAGUCAGUUCAGAAUGCCCACAAAAUAAGGCUUGUGUAAAUCAAAAAUGCAUUGACCCAUGCCCUGGAACUUGCGGAUUAAACGCUAAAUGCCAAGCAAUCAAUCACAGUCCUAUUUGCAGUUGCAAUCCAGGUCAUACUGGUGAUCCUUUUACUAGAUGUUACCCCAUACCUCCCCCACCUCAAACGAUUGCUGAAGAACCAAUAAGAAAUCCUUGCGUACCGUCCCCGUGUGGUCCAAAUAGCCAAUGCAGAGACAUUGGUGGUUCUCCAUCAUGCUCUUGUUUAGCCACUUAUAUAGGAAGCCCACCCAAUUGCAGGCCAGAAUGUUCGAUAAAUUCAGAAUGUCCAAGUAACUUGGCUUGUAUCACGCAGAAAUGCAGAGAUCCUUGCCCGGGUUCUUGUGGUGCUGGAGCACAAUGUUCUGUAAUAAACCACACACCAAUUUGUACAUGCCCUGAAGGAUACACUGGAGAUCCAUUUAGUUAUUGCACACCAAAGCCACCAGAAAUUCAACCAGUCGAAAGUGACCCUUGCAAUCCAAGCCCUUGCGGGCCAAAUGCGCAAUGUAACAAUGGAAUAUGUACUUGCUUGCCGGAAUACCAAGGCGAUCCUUAUAGAGGAUGCAGACCUGAAUGUGUGCUUAAUAGCGAUUGUCCAAGAGAUAAGGCUUGUAUUAGAAAUAAAUGUAAAGAUCCAUGUCCGGGAACGUGUGGACAAAACGCUGAAUGUGCAGUUAUUAACCAUAUUCCAACAUGCUCCUGUAUAACAGGAUACACUGGCAAUGCAUUUGUUAUUUGCUCGCCAAUACCAAAGGAAACACCUAAGAAUCCAUGUAAUCCAUCACCAUGUGGACCAAACUCACAAUGUAGGGAAAUAAAUGGACAAGCUGUAUGCUCAUGUGUACCAGGAUUUAUUGGAAGUCCACCAACAUGUAGGCCUGAAUGUGUUUCAAGUUCUGAAUGUCCAUUGAAUAGAGCUUGUGUUAACCAAAAAUGUAUCGAUCCAUGUCCAGGAACUUGCGGAUUAAGCGCCAUAUGCCAAGUAGUCAAUCACAAUCCAAUUUGUAGUUGUCCACCAGCACAAACUGGAGAUCCAUUUACUAGAUGUCUACCUAUAAGAGAAGAACCUGUUGUAGUACCUACAAAUCCAUGCCAGCCAUCACCGUGCGGUCCAAACGCACAAUGCAGAGUUGUGGGUGAUGCGCCAUCUUGUUCUUGCUUACCAGAAUUUAUCGGUACACCACCAAAUUGUAGACCUGAAUGCGUAUCAAAUAGCGAAUGUGCAAAUCACUUAGCUUGUAUCAAUCAGAAAUGUAAAGAUCCUUGCCCUGGAACUUGCGGCCAUAACGCUGAAUGCAGAGUUGUAAGUCACACUCCAAAUUGCGUAUGCUUAGCUGGAUAUGUAGGAAAUCCAUUUGUACAAUGUCAACAAAAGGUUGAAGAACCGCCAUACGAAAGACCAACACCAUGCGUACCAUCACCAUGCGGAGCUAAUGCUGUUUGUAGAGAACAAAACGGUGCUGGUUCGUGCUCUUGUUUGCCAGAGUAUAUAGGAAACCCUUACGAAGGUUGCCGACCAGAGUGUACAUUGAAUUCAGAUUGUCCAUCUAAUAAGGCUUGUAUAAGUAAUAAAUGCAAGGAUCCUUGCCCUGGAACAUGCGGACAAAACGCUAAUUGUCAAGUUAUUAACCAUUUACCUCAAUGUACUUGUAUACCUGGUUAUACUGGAGAUCCAUUUAGAUACUGCAGCAUUCCUCCACCAGAACCUACUGUGGAAGACCCUCAAAAUCCUUGUCAACCAUCUCCAUGCGGUCCAAAUUCGCAAUGUCGCGAAGUUAACGGCCAGGCUGUUUGCUCUUGUUUACCGGAAUAUGUAGGUAGCCCACCAGGUUGUCGCCCUGAGUGUACUGUAAGCUCAGAAUGUGCACAAAACAAGGCUUGCAUUAAUCAGAAAUGUGCCAAUCCAUGUCCGGGAACUUGCGGAUUAAACGCAAAUUGUCAAGUAAUUAAUCAUAGCCCUAUAUGUAGUUGCGUACCUGGCAAUACUGGAGAUCCGUUCACCAGAUGUUACCCAAUACCACCACCACCUGUAAUACCUCUUCAACCCGUUGUAACAAAUCCAUGCGUACCUUCACCUUGUGGGCCUAACUCUGAGUGCAGAGAUAUUGGCGGUUCACCGUCUUGUUCUUGCCUCGCAACUUACAUAGGCAGCCCACCAAAUUGCAGACCAGAAUGUACAAUAAAUUCAGAAUGUUCAAGUAACUUGGCUUGUAUCAGACAAAAAUGCAAAGAUCCUUGCCCAGGCUCUUGUGGAGCUGAAGCGCAAUGUUCAGUUAUCAAUCACACACCAAUUUGUACAUGCCCUGAAGGAUACACUGGAGAUCCUUUCACUUAUUGUAGUAUUAAACGACAAGAAAUCCAACCAGUCGAAACAGACCCAUGCAAUCCAUCGCCUUGUGGUCCAAAUGCACAAUGUAACAAUGGAAUAUGUACUUGCCUGCCUGAAUACCAAGGAGAUCCCUAUAGAGGAUGCAGACCCGAAUGCGUACUUAACAACGAUUGUCCAAGAAAUAGGGCCUGCAUAAGAAAUAAGUGUGUUGACCCUUGCCCAGGCACCUGCGGUCAAAACGCCGAAUGUGCUGUAAUUAACCAUAUACCAUCAUGCUCUUGUAUAACAGGAUACACUGGAAACGCUUUUGUUGUUUGCUCACGAAUUCCUGAUGAAACCCCUAAGAAUCCUUGCAAUCCAUCACCAUGCGGGCCCAACUCGCAAUGUAGGGAAAUCAAUGGACAAGCAGUAUGCUCUUGCGUACCUGGAUUUAUAGGUAGUCCACCAACCUGUAGGCCUGAAUGUGUUACCAGUUCAGAAUGUGAAUUAAAUAAGGCUUGUGUCAAUCAGAAAUGUAUAGAUCCUUGUCCGGGAACCUGUGGCAUUAACGCAUUAUGUCAAGUGGUUAACCACAACCCUAUUUGUAGUUGUCCACCCAGAUAUUCUGGAGAUCCAUUUAUAAGAUGUUUGGCAAUAGUUGAAGAACCUGUCGUAGUACCUACAAACCCAUGUCAACCAUCACCUUGUGGACCAAAUGCUCAAUGCAGAGAAGUUAACGGUUCACCAUCUUGCUCUUGCUUACCUGAGUUUAUAGGAAGCCCACCAAAUUGCAGACCUGAAUGUGUAUCAAACAGCGAAUGUGCCAAUCAUUUGGCGUGUAUUAAUCAAAAAUGUAAAGAUCCUUGCCCUGGAACAUGUGGACAAAACGCAGAAUGUCGUGUAGUCAGUCACACACCAAAUUGUGUUUGUUUAUCUGGAUAUAUAGGAGAUCCAUUUAGCCGUUGUAACUUACCAGAAACACCAAGACCCAUUGAAACUAUAAACCCAUGUUUCCCAUCACCGUGUGGUGCAAACGCGGUUUGUAGAGAACAAAAUAAUGCUGGAUCAUGUACUUGUUUACCUGACUACAUUGGAAAUCCUUACGAAGGUUGUAGGCCAGAAUGUGUGCUGAACUCUGAUUGUCCAUCCAAUAAGGCUUGUAUAAGCAAUAAAUGUAAAGACCCAUGUCCUGGUACUUGUGGACAAAAUGCCGAAUGUCAAGUUAUUAACCACUUACCAUCUUGCACAUGUAUACCAGGCUAUACUGGCGAUCCAUUCAGAUUUUGCUCAUUACCUGAACCCCUAAAAGAGGAACCACCACGUAAUCCUUGUAACCCAUCACCUUGCGGACCAAAUUCUCAAUGUCGCGAAAAUAACGGACAAGCAAUUUGCUCUUGCUUACCAAAUUAUAUCGGUAGCCCACCUGGCUGCAGACCCGAGUGUACUGUAAGCUCAGAGUGUCCGCUAAAUAAGGCUUGUGUCAACCAGAAAUGUGUUGACCCUUGUCCUGGAACUUGCGGAUUAAACGCCAAGUGUGAGGUUAUAAACCACAGUCCUAUUUGUAGUUGUUCGCCUGGCCAUACUGGCGAUCCGUUUACUAGAUGCUACCCAAUACCACCACCUCCUUCAGAUCCAAUACCGGUUGUAAAUACAAACCCAUGCGUGCCUUCGCCAUGCGGUCCUCAUUCCAUUUGUCAAGACUUUAACGGUUCACCAUCUUGCUCAUGUAUUUCCAAUUAUAUAGGAAGUCCUCCGAAUUGUAGGCCUGAAUGCACUAUAAACUCUGAAUGCUCAAGCAACUUGGCUUGUAUCCGCGAAAAAUGCAGAGAUCCUUGCCCAGGAUCUUGUGGAGCUAACGCUAUUUGUAACGUGAUAAAUCAUACACCGAUUUGUAGUUGUCCAGAAGGAUAUACAGGAGAUGCAUUUAGUAGUUGUUUCCCCAAACCAUUGCCUGUUGCUCCGGUUGAAUCAGACCCAUGCAACCCAAGUCCAUGCGGGCCAAAUGCACAAUGCAACAAUGGCAUAUGUACUUGCUUGCCGGAAUACCAAGGCGAUCCUUAUAGAGGAUGCAGACCUGAAUGCGUGCUAAAUAGUGAUUGUUCAAGAGAUAAGGCUUGCAUUAGAAAUAAAUGUAAAGAUCCAUGUCCAGGAACGUGUGGUCAAAACGCAGAAUGUGCUGUCAUUAACCAUAUUCCAUCUUGUUCCUGCAUUACUGGUUAUACCGGCAACGCUUUCGUACUUUGCACACCUAUUCCAGUUGAGUUACCUAAGAACCCUUGCAAUCCUUCACCGUGUGGACCAAAUUCACAAUGUAGAGAAAUUAACGGACAAGCUGUAUGCUCUUGCGUGCCUGGUUUCAUUGGCAGUCCGCCAACUUGUAGACCUGAGUGUGUAACUAGUCAAGAGUGUUCUCUAAGUCAAGCAUGCGUAAACCAAAAAUGUAUAGAUCCUUGCCCAGGUACUUGCGGACUUAGUGCGAGAUGCCAGGUCGUAAACCACAAUCCUAUAUGCAGUUGUCCAAGUAGAUACACUGGCGAUCCGUUCAUAAGAUGUUUGCCAAUAAGGGAAGAUCCACCACAAACUCCUGUUAACCCUUGUAAUCCAUCACCAUGCGGUCCAAACUCUCAGUGCAGGGAAGUAAACGGUUCUCCAUCGUGUUCCUGCUUGCCACAGUUUAUUGGCGCCCCGCCAAAUUGUAGACCUGAAUGCGUAUCAAACAGUGAAUGUGCCAAUCAUUUGGCCUGUAUAAAUCAAAAAUGUAAAGAUCCUUGCCCUGGCACGUGCGGAAUAAAUGCAGAAUGUAGGGUUGUUAGCCACACACCAAACUGCGUCUGUUUGAACGGAUACUCUGGAAAUCCAUUCCAAAGAUGUAUAGUGCCAGAAGUAUCCGUACCUAGACCUCUUGAUCAGAUUAAUCCAUGUUUCCCAUCGCCAUGUGGAGCAAACGCCAUGUGCAAAGAAAGGAAUAAUGCAGGCGCAUGUGUCUGUUUACCAGAAUACAUAGGAAAUCCUUACGAAGGUUGCAGACCUGAAUGCAUACUUAACUCUGAUUGUACAUCGAAUAAAGCUUGCAUAAACCAAAAAUGUAAAGACCCAUGUCCUGGUACUUGCGGACAAAAUGCCAACUGUCAAGUAAUUAACCACUUACCAUCUUGCACAUGCAUACCAGGCUAUACUGGCGAUCCAUUUAGAUUCUGCUCGUUACCUGAACGUAAGAUUACUCACGCAACCCAUAAAACUCAAUAUAUUUACCCCUAUUUUAUUGCAGCCCUGAAAGAGGAACCACCACGUAAUCCUUGUUACCCAUCACCUUGCGGGCCAAAUUCGCAAUGUCGCGAAAAUAACGGGCAAGCCAUUUGCUCUUGCCUACCAAAUUACAUCGGUAGCCCACCUGGUUGCAGACCCGAGUGCACUGUUAGCUCGGAGUGUCCGCAAAAUAAGGCUUGUGUCAACCAGAAAUGCGUAGACCCAUGCCCCGGAACUUGUGGACUGAACGCUCGUUGUGAGGUUAUAAACCACAGUCCGAUUUGUAGUUGUUCGCAGGGUCAUACUGGCGAUCCAUUUACUAGAUGUUAUCCAAUACCACCACCUCCACCUACUCCAACUGUCCCAAGUAUUGUAAAUCCUUGUGUUCCCUCUCCUUGUGGACCAAACAGUCAAUGCAGAGAUAUUGGUGGUUCGCCAUCAUGCUCUUGCUUGCCCAAUUAUAUUGGAAAUCCACCUUCAUGUAGGCCUGAAUGCACGAUCAAUUCCGAAUGUUCAAGUAAUUUGGCUUGUAUCAACGAAAAAUGUAAAGAUCCUUGCCCUGGUUCGUGCGGUAUUAACGCUAUUUGCGUAGUAAGGAAUCAUAAUCCCAUAUGUAGUUGCCCGACUGGUUAUCAAGGAGAUGCUUUUACUUCUUGUAAUCCAAUACCACCACCACCUCAACCACCAAAAGUAGAUCCAUGUUACCCUAACCCUUGCGGACCAAAUGCACAAUGUAGCAACGGAAUAUGUACUUGUUUGCCUGAAUACCACGGCGAUCCUUAUAGGGAAUGUAGACCCGAAUGCGUACUUAACAAUGAUUGUCCUAGAGAUAAGGCUUGUAUCAACCAAAAGUGUAAAGACCCUUGCCCUGGAGUAUGCGGCCAAAACGCUGAAUGUAACGUAAUGAACCACUAUCCUUCUUGCACAUGCUUGCAAGGAUACAACGGAGAUCCAUUCGUGUUUUGCACGAGAAUAGAGAGUAAGUCCACAAAUCAAAAUAAUAAAAACCAAUCUAACGUGUCAAUUUAUUUAGCCCCACCUCCUAAAAAUCCAUGUUACCCAUCACCAUGCGGACCAAACUCGCAAUGUAGGGAAAUUAACGGACAAGCCGUAUGCUCUUGCGUACCAGGCUAUUUCGGCAGUCCACCCAGUUGUAAACCGGAAUGCGUUGUAAGUUCCGAAUGCCCGCUUAGCAGAGCUUGCGUAAACCAAAAAUGCAUUGACCCAUGCCCUGGAACUUGCGGUAUUAGCGCUCAAUGUCAAGUUGUGAACCACAACCCCAUUUGCACUUGUCCGCCACGCUACACAGGCGACCCCUUCAUAAGAUGCCAAGUGAUUAUUGGUAUGUAUACAAUAACCUCGAAAUGUACUCCUGUUAAUUCAACUUUAAAUAUAGUUGAAGAGCCUGUAAUACGAGAAGAACCACCUAAUCCUUGCGUGCCCUCACCUUGCGGAGCAAACUCACAUUGCGAAGUUACCCCCGGCAAUACAGCAAAAUGUACUUGCUUACCCACAUUUAUCGGCAGCCCUCCAAAUUGCAGACCUGAAUGUGUAACAAACCAUGAUUGCUCCAGAGAUUUGGCGUGUAUAAAUAACAAAUGCAAAGACCCAUGUCCGGGAUCUUGCGGACUUAAUGCUCGUUGUCUCGUUACAAACCACAUUCCAAACUGUAUAUGUUUGGAAAACUAUGUAGGAGAUCCCUUCACUAUCUGUUCUCUAAAACCAGCUCCACCACCACCGCAACCGGAACCAAGAGACCCAUGCUACCCAUCGCCAUGCGGAUCAAACGCGAAUUGCCGCGUUGAAAGUACCUACGCUGUCUGCGAAUGUCUACCAGAAUACCAUGGCAAUCCUUACGAAGGUUGCAGACCCGAAUGUCUAUCCAACAGCGACUGUCCAAUGAACAGAGCUUGCAUCAGGAACAAAUGCCAAGACCCAUGCCCGGGAACAUGCGGUGUUAAUGCUUUAUGCACCGUGACAAACCAUGUUCCUAUUUGUUCGUGUCCAGACACGUUCACUGGAGACGCUUUUAGAAUCUGUUCGCCAGUUAUUGAAGAGCCACCACGUGACCCUUGCAAUCCAUCUCCAUGCGGAAUUAACACUAUUUGCAGACCAUCUCAACAAAACGCGAUAUGCGAAUGUCUGCCAGGCUUCUUUGGAAGCCCGCAUGCAGGUGGUUGCAGACCAGAAUGUACUAUAAGCGCAGAUUGCGCACGUGACAAGGCUUGCGUGAACACGAAAUGCGUGGAUCCAUGCCCAGGCGUAUGCGGAUUCGGAGCUGUUUGCAACGUUAUAAACCACAGUCCGGUUUGUUCUUGCCCGAAACCACUUACAGGCGAUCCGUUCACGUUGUGUAGAGAAGAACCUAGACCUGAACCUGAAGAUCCAUGCAAUCCGUCACCAUGCAGACUUAACGGUCAAUGCAGACUUGUUAAUGGAAAUGCUGUGUGCACGUACCCAGAAUGUAUAAUCAAUCAAGACUGUCCAAGAGACAAGGCAUGUUACAACCAGAAAUGUAGAGAUCCGUGCAGAGACGCUUGCGGAUUGAACGCUUUAUGUCAAGUGGUGAACCACAAUGCAAUUUGUAGUUGUCCAACUGGGUACAUCGGGUCGCCACAAGUACAGUGUACCUUACAACCUAUCGAACAACCAAAACCAAAGGUUGAAUGCACAACUGACUCUGAAUGCACAAACGACAAGGCUUGCGUUAACAACAUCUGUGUAAACCCAUGCGCAGAAAAUCCAUCGCUAUGCGGACAAAACGCGGAAUGCCGCAUUCAAUUACAUCGCGCCGUAUGCACUUGCAGAGACGGUUACACAGGUAACGCACAACAUGCUUGCUUCGAAAUCGGAUGCAGAGCCGACUCUGAUUGUCCACCAAUACAAGCUUGCGUUAAUCGCGAUUGCGUCGAUCCUUGCUCGUUCGCAUCAUGCGGACUGAAUGCUUUAUGUACUGCCGAUUCAAACCACAAAGCCAGAUGUUAUUGUCCAGAUAACUUCAGAGGAAAUGCUUUGAUAAGAUGCGAGAGACCUGAAUGCACUAAGGAUGAUGAAUGCCCCUACAACUUGGCCUGCAGAAACGAGCGUUGUGAAGACCCAUGCAACUGCGGCUUGGGUGCAAUUUGCAAAGUAACAAACCACCGACCUCAAUGUUCAUGUCCACCGGGAUACAAUGGAAAUCCUGAGAGCGCUUGCAAUAUACAACCAAUUGAACAGGAACCUGAAUGCAGAAUGGAUGCUGAUUGCCCGAGCAAAUUGGCUUGCUUUAGCAGCACUUGCAAGAACCCAUGCGCCGAAGUCAAACCUUGCGGAAAGAACACUCAAUGUAUCGUAAUUGAUAGUCUGCCAUUAAGAACUAUGUCUUGUAUGUGCUUACCGGGAUAUGUAGGUGACGCCGAAAUUGGAUGCACACUAGCACCCCAAGAAGAACCAGGCUGUAAGAGCAACGACGAUUGCCCUCUAUCGCAAACCUGCCUAAACAGAAAAUGCGUUAACCCGUGUUCAGUAGGAAACCCUUGUGCUUCCACGGCUGAAUGCGAGUCCACGGACCAUAAAGCCGUUUGUAAAUGUCCUGCUGGUUUGGCAGGAAAUCCAUUCAUUAGAUGUUACGAAGAAGUCAAGACUAAAGUAGAGUGUGCAUCGGAUUCUGAAUGUAGUAAUGAUAAAUCUUGCAUUAAUCAACGCUGCCAAGAUCCUUGUAUUUUAUCCAACCCUUGCGGAACGAACGCUGAAUGCAGGACCAAUAUUCACAGACCAACGUGUCAUUGUCCUGACGGCUGGGUUGGAAGUCCACAAGUAAUGUGUUACAAACCUGAAUGUAAAUCUGAUCCUGACUGCCCAUACAACAAAGCCUGUAUCAACGAAAACUGCUUGAAUCCUUGCUCGACCAAAUCGUGCGGACGCGGUGCUGAAUGCUUAGCACAAAACCACAGAGCACAAUGUCAAUGUCCGGCUGGAACACAGGGAAAUCCAUUAAUCUCUUGUAUCACCGGAAUUUGUCAUUACAACGAAGACUGCGCAGAUCAUGAGGCUUGCGAUCGCCUUAACAGAGUCUGCAGACCUGUAUGCGAUGACGAAACUUGCGCUGACACUGCAAAUUGUGUGGGACGUAAUCACCAACCUAAAUGCUCAUGUCCAAUUGGUACGACUGGCAAUCCCUUCGUGGAAUGCUUGGGCUUCAAACAACCGACGCCGGAGUGUACAACUGAUUCCGACUGCCCAACAAAAUACGUAUGCACGAACGACAGAUGCGAAGAUCCAUGCGCGACAACCGAUAUCUGUACCGCCGACCAGGAAUGCUCCGUACGAGAUACGCAACCACUCAGGACCGUGAUGUGUAUGUGUCCGCCGGAUACCAUAGCCGAAAUUACUGGAAAAUGCAGACCUAUAACCUACGAAGAACCAGGCUGCAAAGUGGACUCUGAUUGUAACGAUAGAGACAAAUGCAUACGCGGUGGAUGUAUUGAAGCUUGCAGAAUAGAUAGGUGUGGAGUUAACGCCAUUUGCAACUCCGCGCACCAUCAAGCCGUAUGUACUUGUGCCCCAGGUUACAUCGGUAAUCCACAUAUCGAAUGUACAAACAUACCGAAAACACCGCCGUUUGUGCCUGUGGUUCCGGAAUGUUACAGUGAUGAUGAUUGUACAUAUGACAAGAGGUGCAAGAAUGAAAUCUGCGUCAAUCCAUGCACAGCAGAUAAACCAUGUGCAAGUGGGGCAUUCUGUUCCGUGACAAGACACGAACCUAUUUGCAGAUGUCCUUCAGGCUACGAAGGCAAUCCAAAGAUCGAAUGUGUAGCACCAACCGGGGUAACUGUGGGGUGCACCAGCAACUCUGAAUGUCCAAAGAGCGAGUCUUGUAUAAACCGUUUGUGUACAAGCCCAUGUAACUGUGGACCAAAUGCUGAAUGCAAAGUGGUCAACCACUAUCCAACAUGUUACUGUCAACCAGGAUAUUCCGGAAAUCCUCAAAUAGGCUGCACUAAACUUGGUUGUCAAUCUGAUAACGAGUGUAGCAACGACAAACAAUGCUACAACGGACAAUGCAUAAACCCAUGUAUAAUCAACGAUCCAUGCGCGAGGAACGCAGAAUGUUAUGGUCAAAACCACGUAAGCAGCUGCAAGUGUCCACCGGGCUACGAGGGUAACGCAUUCGAUCGUUGCGAACGCGUUGAGUGCCACACCGAUUCCGAAUGCCCAAGCAAUAGAGCCUGCAUCAGUCAAAGAUGCGUGGAUCCAUGCUCGCAAAUCGCAAAUCCACCUUGCGCGCAAAACGCAAUUUGCUACGCACAAAACCACGCAGCCGGUUGCGUAUGCCCGCCGCAUUUGCCCGAAGGAAACGCGAUGGCUUACUGUAGCGCUCCGUCCAGAGUAGCUGGUAAGCCGGAGUGCGAAUUCGAUGUCGACUGCCCAAGUAAGCUGGCUUGCAUAAGAAAUCAAUGCGUCAAUCCUUGCGAAAGCCUCUCGCCUUGCCACAAAAACGCACAUUGCAGCGUUCUCGACACAAUACCUGUAAGAACGAUGAUUUGCACUUGUCCGGAAGGAUGGGUGCCUAAUAAUGAGGGCGAUUGUCUCCCUAUCGUAGUACCGAUACCACCUGGUUGUACAAGAGAUGACGAUUGUUCUAGCAACGAGGCUUGUAUUAAUAGAUUGUGUAGAAACCCUUGCGAUUGCGGUAGCAACGCACAAUGCUUAAUACAGAAUCACAGACCAAUAUGCUCUUGUGAAGAAGGAUACGAAGGCAAUCCAAACAUCGCUUGCCAGAAGAUCGGAUGUAGAAUCGACUCGGAAUGCGAGUCUGGAAAGGCUUGUGUCAACGGUCAUUGUAUCAACCCGUGCUUGGUUAAAGAUCCUUGCGGAAUCAACUCGGAAUGUUACGUAUAUCAGAACCGUGCAGAGUGUCGCUGCUUGAGCGGUUACAGAGGAAAUCCAUUCGACAGGUGUAUCGUUGAAGGAUGUACUUCCAACAGCGAUUGUCCGACUGAUAGACAAUGCAUAAACGCGCAAUGUAUCAACCCUUGCGUCUAUGGUAACCCAUGCUCGCCUAGAGCUGAGUGUAGGGUACAAAACCACAUGUCAUUGUGCAGAUGUCCAGUUGGAUUCCUUGGUAAUCCUUACGUAGACUGCAGACCAGAACCGGAACCGGAAUGUCGCGAGGACGGCGAGUGUCCAUCAAGACUUGCUUGCCUCAACGAGAAAUGCCAGAACCCUUGCGCCGUACUGGAACCAUGCCAUCGCCCAUCCGAAUGCCAAGUUGUAGGAUCCGUGCCAGUAAGAACAAUGCUAUGCGUAUGCCCGCCAGGUUACAUAAGCGGCGGAAACGUCACUUGUAACCCCGUACCAUCCAUCAAAGAAAUCGGAGCUUGCGUCAGCGACAGCGAAUGUCCGUCUGACAAGGCUUGCUUUAACGGAAUAUGCAGAGAUCCAUGCAACUGCGGCAUCAACUCUGAAUGCCGCGUUAAAGAUCACAAACCCGUCUGUACAUGCAGACAAGGUUACGACGGCAAACCGGAGAUAGAAUGUCACCGCAUAGGAUGCAGAAGCGAUGACGAAUGCUCGCCACAACAUCAAUGUAUCAACAGACAAUGCGUGUCAGCUUGUGCGGCCGAUGGUUCGACUUGCGGCGAUGACGCCGAAUGUUACGCCAGCAAUCACAGAGCGAUAUGCGAAUGUCCGCCAGGUCUAAUGGGAGAUCCUAAAGUAUCUUGCGUGCUUGUAGGCUGCAGAUCGGACACCGAUUGCCCGGGAAGCAGAGCUUGCAUCAACCAGAAAUGCGAGAAUCCUUGCACCGAAGCAAAUCCUUGCGAUGCGCCGGCCGAAUGUAAAGUAUUCAACCACGCUGUCGAAUGUGCCUGUCCACCUGGCACAGUCAGCGACGGUAAAAUGGGUUGUAUGGAGGUCGACGUCAAAUGCCGACAUGAUUCAGAGUGCCCAUCGCAAUUCGCUUGCAUUGGCGGCGAAUGCGUGAAUCCAUGCAAAGCUACAGAACCAUGCGGCGUCAAUGCCGAAUGUACUGUUUUGAACACAGAACCUGUAAGAACUAUGACAUGCGAAUGCUUGCCUGGAUAUCAAGGAAACGCUGCUGUACAAUGCGACAAAAUGGCCUUAUGUAGAACCGACAAAGGAUAUGUAAGAACCUCAGACGGAAAGUGCGUAUGUCCACCAAACUACGCUCAAAACGAAAACGACGAAUGCAUACCAUGCAGGGUCGAGAAAGGAUUCAAAAUCGACGAGAGAGGUCGCUGCGUGUGCGCGCUAGAAAGAGGCCUUAUAAUCGACGAGCGUGGCAACUGCGUGUGCCCGAUCGAAUUCGGUUACAGACUUGACAGCAGAGGCAACUGCAUACCCAAACAAGGACCUGAAUGCAAAACUGACGACGAUUGCGCUGAUCACAAGUACUGCAACCCAAACACCAAGACCUGUGAUGAUCCAUGCGAAACCAAACAUUGCGGCGUCAAUGCCCUUUGCAACGCUACGAAUCAUCGCGCUGUAUGCCAAUGCAUCACAGGGUACACCGGAGAUCCAGAUGUGCUCUGCAAUCACACAUCACCAUUUAGAACGGACUUCCCAAGACCAGAGAUGCAGGUAAGCUGCCUUUCUGAUGGAGUCCAGCUCGAAAUUCACAUCACAGAAACUGGAUUCAAUGGGGUAUUAUACGUAAAGGGGCACAGUAAGGAUGAGCAAUGUAGGAGAGUUGUAACUCUACCACCCGACUCUACCCAAAGACUGGAAAUAUUCAAGGUCCAAUUUGGAAAUUGUGGACUUAUACAUGUUAACGGACAAGCAAGCUUUGUGCUAGUAAUCCAGAAACAUCCUAAACUGGUAACGUACAAAGCCCAAGCAUACCACAUCAAGUGUGUCUACCAAACAGGCGAGCAAAAUGUCACUCUAGGCUUUAACGUAUCCAUGUUAACUACAGCUGGAACGAUUGCAAACACCGGGCCGCCACCAACGUGCCUAAUGAAGAUCGUGACGCAAACCGGUCAAGAAAUCAACUCGGCCGAAAUUGGCGACAACCUCAUGCUUCAAGUCGACGUCCAACCUGGUUCGAUCUACGGUGGAUUCGCUAGAAGCUGCGUGGCCAAAACUAUGGAAGACAACGAAGUAAAUGAAUAUUUGGUGACGGAUGAGAACGGUUGCGCGACUGAUCCAACGAUCUUUGGGGAAUGGGAGUAUAAUCCCGACACCCAAAGCUUGCUGGCCAGCUUCAACGCCUUCAAAUUCCCAAGCAGCGACAACAUCAGAUUCCAGUGUAACAUAAGAGUUUGCUUCGGCAAAUGCCAACCAGUUAAUUGCAGAGGAUACAACGCUUUUGGUAGACGUAAGAGAGCCAUUGAUGACGAUAACAACACAGACGUUGCAGUGUCCGGAGAUUUACUGUCUGGACAGCUGAGAGAAGAAAUAACAAUAUCAUCAAACGCCAUUUUAACGUUUGAAAGACGUGAGGAACGAUUCACAGAUCCAACAGAAGCUCCAAACGCUCAAAGAGUGGAAGAUAUCUGCGUGUCGAUGAUAGGCUUCAUAAUAGCCUUGAUAAUCACUGCCUUGCUGGCUCUUGUGGCAGUCGCUAUUGCGGUGUCCUGCUGGUUGAUGGCGUACCGCAGAAGACCGAAGGCCACCGGACCUCUGCCGCAUCCGCCGGAGUUUCCGAAUCCGCUGUUCACCACCCCGGAGCCGAUAUCGGAACCCACACCCGACUACCUCACGUAGACACUGCUAAAAAAUUAGUUUUUAAGUUACUCUCGACGAUGACCAAGAAGAAGAUAUAUAUAUGCUCCAAAAGCACGAAUACUCGACUAUAUUAUUUGUAUAUUUAAUUCCGUAGGUUUGUUAAACGUUUUCGUCGCUUCUUUUUGUAUCCGUCCAAUGCUACUCACUCAAGAAAAACUGCCAAAAAGGGAGCGGCGAUGCGUUGCAGACCGAUUUUAGUUAAUUAUGAUGACGAAAUAAGUACAGCCAUAAGCGUAGUUAAGUAUGGCGUAUGUAUUUCCAGCUAUCUUUUCCACUGGCUGUAUUCUAUGUUGUAUGCAAUUCCUAUACACAGACAAGGGAAAAUUUUAAUAAUGGUGGAGGUCUUCUUAUAACGCGCUUAACAGAAAACUGAAUUGUUUUUAUAUUAUAUUUUUUGAAUACUGCCCCUUGAAUCUGUUAUUGUGUUAUAUUAUGAUACUUUUGUCUAUUGUAAAUAAAUUCGUAAUAGAAUGUAUUCUUCGAUCAGCCACUGGAAGACUUGGAUUUAUUAUUUUAGAUAAGACUAUAAAUAUUUUAUGACUUGUAUAAAGUGUGUGAAUGAGAUUGAAUGCGGAGUCCCUUUUUCAAAACUCCGAAAAUUUUUUGGUGCUGACUGAUUUUACUUACUCGAAACAGUCAAAACGAUGUUUAGUCAAUCAAUUAAUUAAUUAAUUAAUAGUACCUACUCGUAUUUAAUGUAAGUCUCAACGAGGCAAAACUAUUCAUAACCAAAAAGUAUUAAAUUCGAAAAAAUGUUUGUUGUACUAAAUUGUAUAUUUUAAUUGGCUUAAUAAUUUUUCCAUAAUAAAUGCCUUUGAAUGUUUAAAUUUGUUUUCCUUUGAUGCUCUAAUUAGGUAUAUACAUAUUAACUAUCCUCAUUAUUUAUAUGUUAAUUAUUUUUUUCUACUGUAAUUUGACAUUCUAACGAUGAUUCCUUAAUUGUCAUAUUGUGAUAAUCGCUUCUUUAAUAAAGAUUGUUUAAUAAUA